AGACGGGCCGCGGAGCGCGCGUUUUUACGCGCGCAAGAAAACGCAGCGAGAAGGAGGAGCUCGGGGAGGGCCCGGCCGACGCAGACGCUGCUCUCGCCGCCGCCAGAGGCGCCUUCGCCGAGGAGCCGGAGAAGAAGUCGGGAGAAAGUUUGAAGCAGGAGGAGGAGGAGGUUGCUGCAGCAGCUGCGGCGCUCUCCUCGGCUUUGUCCCCGGGCCAAGCCGGCCAGCGGCCGCCCCUUGCAGCCUCGACCCCGACGCGCGCCGCCUUUGUGCAGCCGCUGCCGCCUGCUCUUCGCUGCUGCAGCCCGGGGGCCGCCGGAACCAAGCGGGUCGGCCCGGGGGCCGCCGCCGCCAAGUUCGUCUUGUCGAGGGAAGUUGUUGGGUCUUUGGCGGCGCCUCUCUCGCUUUCUCUCCGUCGUUUUCCCGCCGGCUGGCCGGCGUCUCUCCGUCUCGGUCUCUCCUCCUCCUCCCCGUCUGGGGCCGGCGGCGGCGCAGCCAUGUCGUCCAUCCUGCCCUUCACUCCCCCCAUCGUCAAGCGCCUGCUGGGCUGGAAGAAAGGCGAGCAGAACGGGCAGGAGGAGAAGUGGUGCGAGAAGGCGGUCAAGAGCCUGGUGAAGAAGCUCAAGAAGACCGGGCAGCUGGAUGAGCUGGAGAAGGCCAUCACCACCCAGAGCGUCAACACUAAGUGCAUCACCAUCCCCAGGUGAGGAGAGGGCGCCUCUGGGCAUGGGCAGAGGGCCGGCGUGCGGCCAAGGCGGAGGCGGGGAAGCAGGUGCCUCUGGGGUCCUGCCACACUUCCCGCUGCUUUUGCUUUUGGUUCCCCCUCUGAAACCUCUUCUGGUUAGGUUGGGGACCCCUUCCCCUCCUCGAACCACCUGGUGGCCCCACAGGAAACCACGCCGACCGGUUCUUCCGCAACGCGGCGAGGAAAGUGGGUUGCUAAGCGGGAUCUCCGGCAUGUCGCUUGUAACCGUGCAUUUGGACUUGGUCUUAUGCGGGGGUGGAACAAUAGCAAAAAAGUGGGGGAUCGGCUGUUUUUCCUCCUUGCCCCUGUGCAGCGCGUUAAGGCUGCGAUCCGAGCACCCCAUACCUGGGAAGAAGCCCCAUUGAAUUCACUAGAUCCUCCUUCUGGGUAGACAUGGUUAGGAUAGUGCUGAGAGUUUUUAAAAAACUGGAUCUGUCAGUCCGAAUGAAAGGGUGGUGUAGUUCUUAGACGUGCCCCAGUGUAAAAGGCGUGGGAUCUCCUUUAUCCAUUCAAGGUGCUGUGUAAGCCACCUUUGCCAACCUGGUGCCCCCCAGAAGUUUUAAACUACAACUCCCAAACACGUGGAGGGUGCCUGGUUGGGUAAGGCUGAUGGAGCCUCUUGCACACAGCUGGACACUUUGGGGACAACCUCUCCACACCUCAGAGCAUCCUUAAGGAGUUGGAAAUGCAAGGAGAGUAUCUACUGCUUUUUAACUGUAUGUCCUGCAAAUCUAUACACAUGCAUUUUCUAAAACAGCUUUUGAAUUCUUUAAAUCUCACUGUAUAUUGUGAAAAUUAUAAAUAGAAUAUUAUCUUUUAAAUGUAAAGUUGAUUUCUAUAAUGAAAUACUUUCUGGUGACAUUCCCCAACCUGGGGCUCACCAUGCCAACUGCGGCUGGUGGUAAUUGUAGACCAAAACAUUUAGUGGCCACCAGGUUGUGGAAAGCUGCUUUAUCAUCUUUGUUUAUAGUCUUGUCUUUGGAAGGUCAGCUCACCUGCUCAUAGUUCUAUUUUGGCAUUUUAGAAAGCCUGAGUGAGUGAGUGAGAGUGCUUUCAUCAAGGCCUCCCAGAAGACUUGCUGCAGCUGUAUCCAUGUAUUGUUAUUAAUAUUACCGUAUUAUUAAUUACCUGCCCAUCCCCAUAAGGUCCAAGGGCAGCUUACAGCAAUUGAAGCACAAUGUUGAAAACAGUUCAAAACAGCUCGCAAGAGAUAAGAUGGGACAUACAGAACUGAAAUGUCAAAAGCCAGAGUCAAGAGGUGUCUCUUCAGCAUUCGUCAAAAACUGUACAGUGGUACCUCGGGUUACAUACGCUUCAGGUUACAUACACUUCAGGUUAUAGACUCCGCUAACCCAGAAAUAGUGCUUCAGGUUAAGAACUUUGCUUCAGGAUGAGAACAGAAAUCGUGCUCCGGCAGUGCGGUGGCAGCAGGAGGCCCCAUUAGCUAAAGUGGUGCUUCAGGUUAAGAACGGACCUCCGGAACGAAUUAAGUACUUAGUCCGAGGUACCACUGUAUAAUGAAGAGGCCACAUUCACAUAUAUGGCAGUAGCUCAGCAGUAGAACAUCUGCUUUGCUUGAUGGCAUCUCCAGGAAUCACUGGGGAAUGUCCCCUGUCUGAAACCCUGCUUUUGAUGGGCCAAGGGUCUGGACUGGUAUAAGGCAGGUUUCUAUGUUCCAAAACAAGGAUGGGGAACCUGUGGGCCUCUGGGUAGGACUGAGGAGCAUGAAAGAUCUGGUCUUCCCUGGAAGCAGUUAGCAGUUAGUUAAGCUCAGGCAUAUAUAUGAGGGAGGUACAUACACCUUGAUUUAGAAGCAGGUGUAAAGUGACUCAUUACUAGAUAUCUGUAUGCAGGCAGCUAGACACUCUGAUACAUGAAACCCCUCCCCCUGUACUGGAAGACAGGCUCAUGCAGACCUCCUCUGAGAAAGAAAUAGAACCUCACUGUUGAGAAACAGUGUACCUUUAAGCAUUGAAUGUCUGGAUAAGUGAUGGACAGUCUUGAUCCAUAGCAGCCCUUGUGUAUUUCUUGCCUCACAACCCACAGAGGUACUGGUGGACUUGCGAUUGCAGCAGAAUAAUAAUAAUAAUAAUAAUAAUUUAUUUAUAUCCCACCCUCCCCAGCCAAAGCCGGGCUCAGAGUGGCUAACAACAGUAAAAAUAGCACAAUUUACAUAAAAUCACAGUCAAUUAAUUGAAAUACAUUCAAAAAUAAAUUCAGAAUCAAAUUAAUGGCAACCAUUGGGCUCAAGAAGGGACUCAAGAACAGCCUCGGUCAUCUUGAUGUCCUCUAGAUGUCAGGGGCUUCAGCUUCUGCAGGCACGAGGCAGAUGGGAAUUCUAACCCAAAACAUUUGGAGGGCAUCAGGUUGGCGAAGGCUGCCUAAGAGCAAAACCUUCCUUAACUUGCAUUUGUAGAAUACAGUAGGUGUGUUAUGCAAACUGGGGAGCCUGCAAAUAUUCUGUUGGGGUCUGUGCAUCCAUAUCUCGCUUACUUUCCUCUUGGGUUGGAAAUAACAGUGUGAGUCUCUUGCUUUAUUCCCAUUAGUGCCAAACGCUGGUGUUCCUUCCUCCUUCCACUUCUACGCAAAAAACUUUGCACGUAACUAACUGCGUUGAAACCAGCACGACUCUGUUUUCCAGGACUCUUGGUGGGCCCAGGCGACGUCAGCUCUUUCUUAUGGGCAGGGCAGUAACACCUAAGCUGAACAGGGUGGGGAUUAUUAUAUGGGCCAAGUAAUUAAUCAUGGUUGUUAUUUUGGCCAUUCAUUCUUUACAUUCCGUGCGUGGCUGUCAUUGCGUGUGCAGGCACACACCACUCAUGUUUUGCACGCAUGAGCUGGGAAGUUUGUAAAGUUUCAGAAGUGUCUUUGAGGGGUGGGAGCUGCUGUGCUUAGCGUUCUGUUAUGAGGUUUUGCUGAACUGGAAAAACUGAGCUGUUUGGCAGCUUUGAAAAUUUUCUUUUCUUUUGAGCUAUAAGGCAUCAUCACUGCUUCUCUCUCUCUCUCUCUCUCAUUAAAAAAGGCUAAAGUUCAUGCUAUACAGUCCAGAAAGUCCUGAAAUAGUGCUUUCUCUCUGUGUGUGUGUCUCUCCCCCUGUUUGUUUCCGUCCUUGCCUCCUGCUUUCCUAACGCUCUGUAAAUGUGUGUCUUGGCUGUCAGAAUGAUUUAGUAUGGAGUGGCUGGCUUGCACAAAGGGGCAUCUGUUGCGCUUGGCCCCUCUGGGAAGAUGGAGAGUAUCGUGUAGGACUGAAAUGUUUCUUUGUAUGGGGCGGCGAUUCCUGACAUCCCCCGUUGUUAUUUCGCUUUAUUUAAUUGUUUUAUGAAAUGUAGGCCGCUUUUCCAGGAUGUGAGUAAAUCCGUUGUAAAGUUUUAAGAAUUCCAAAUCAGUUUGUGGUGUCCUAUGCUGGUAGGUUUCGGGAGUGACUACAGAUGAGGCUGACCUCCUUCCUGCAUCAUUUUGGGUAGGAAGUGUUCUCUGUGGAAUUGCUUUGCUCCUGGUCAGGGGUCUUGACUAACCACUUUAUUUGUGGCUGAAAUGGACUUGUCCCCCUUGUUCAAACUGGCCCAUGACCUUGGUAUGUGUGUGUUUUGUUCCUCUGUCAGGGAUACUCUCUUUCUCUCUUGAGGUGUCUGGAGGUAUUUGCAGUGCAGAUGCUUUUCUCCAGAGUACAUACAUUGCUCUGGAUUCUAACUGGGAAUCCAGCUGGGAGUGCCUCUGAGGCUUUCUGUAGUUGAUCCCAGGGUGUGCCUGUGUUGCCUAAGUUGCCACCAUGUGAAAAAUGCUGUUGCUGCAUCCCUUUUAACAUGGGUGUACAUGUAUUAUGCAUUGUACGCUUCUGUGCCCAAUUCAGAGUGCUGGUUUAUUACAGUGUUUUACGGCUCAUGACUCCAGUAUUUUUCUGGAGUGCCUUUCCCAGUAUGAACCUACCCGGUCCCUGAGAUCUUCAUAUGAGACACUUCUCCUGGUCCCUCUGAGGGAGGCUUGAAGGGUGGAGAAGACUUCUUCAUUGGUGGUUCUCUGUCUGUGGAAUGCUCUCCCCAGCAAGGUCCACCUGCCAUCUUUGUUGACAUCUUUCUGUGUGGAUGUGGGUGGCAGGGUGCUAAUCUAGGACAGAAGUGGUCAGUCUAUGAUAUACAAUUUGUAAGAUACACUUUAAAAACCAAAAACAAAACUAGAACCAUGAGUUCCUCCAACUGUCACUGGAGUGCAAAAAUAAUUUUGAGCGCAGGAAUUUGUUCUGAGGCCCAGAACUCAACUAGGCUCACAUUUAAAUUCUAAAUUCUGGGUCUUCCUCCCUCUUCCCCUGGGACUUGACGUACUGUGCUGCUGCCUUUGGAAUAAAGGUAGAGUUUGUGGGUUAUACUGAGACAAGGUAUUUUUUAUCACAUUACAUGUGUUAAGUGGCUUAUCUUUGCUACAGUAUCUGUGUUAUCUAAGCCAGUUUCGUCAUGGGUGGUUUGUGCCCUCCUACAGUCAGUGCUCCACAAUGCUGAGUAAUUAUCACCAACCUGCUACUGUAAAAUAUGUGCCUGUUUAAACCUACAUUUAGGCCCCAGUUACCACUGACUGUAAUUGUUUGCAUCUCAUUGCCAUUCAACUCCCACCUUAGGAUUGUCUCUUGUAUAUACCUUCCAGCUAAGAUUUCACUCCAUGCAUCUGGUGAAUUGGGCUAUAGCUGACAAAAGCUUCUGCUAUAAUACAUGUGUGAGUCUGGUCAGGGGCCUCAAGACUCCUUUGAUUGUUUUUACUGCAAGAGACAAACCCAGCUGCCCCUCAGGAAAUAAUAUAGACCAAUAGCUGUCCGCCCUUUUCACAUACAGAUCCACCUUUAAUCCCAAUAUGCUCUGGUUACAGACUGCAAUACAUUUCCUUCUUACUGCUUCACUUUCUCAUCUCUUUUUAUCUCUGCCUGCUUUUUACCUACCGGGCCCAAUGCCCUCUAAAUUCUUGCAGUGGGCAGAAGGGCUGUGAAUAUGUAAGUGUAGUCAAACCUCAGUUCCCAAACACCUCCGUUUUGGAAUGUUUCGGCUCCUGAAUGCCAAAAACUGCUCCAGUUUUCAAACGAUUUUCAGAAGCUGAAUGGCUUCCGAGCCGUGUUUUUCAUUCCCCCCCCCCCAAUUGACCAGCCCAUUGAUCCUUGGUUUUCAGACUUUUUGGAAGCUGAACGGUCUUCUGGAACGGAUUAAGUUCAAAAACCGAGGUUCCACUGUAUUGUUGCAGGCUUCAAUAAAGCACCUUGAUCUGUAGAGAGGGUGGGGAGGUGCCAUAGCUCAGUGGCAGAGUAUCUGCUUUGAAUGCAGAAGGCCCUGGGAAAGUCUCUUGUCUAGAACCCUGGAGACAGUACUGACCUAGACGGAUCAGUGGUCUUACUCUGUAUAAGGACACUUCCUAUAUUCCUGCUUUUACAGUGCAUGUGACGUUCAGUCUUGCAGCACCCUGAGACUUGUGGCGCUUCCAGACUGAGGGUUUUCUGAGAGUACUGCCUGCUCUUUGUUCUCCCACUGUCGGGGAGCAUCCACACCAUCCAGAAUAAUCAAUAUUAUUUAUUUAUUUAUUUAUUUCCUGCCCUGCACUCUAAGGUCCUAGGAUGGGUUACAGCACUAAAAAGAGUACAGGCGACUCUCCACUGAAUGUGUGUUUAACUAGUGUGUGGCUGCGUAUAUGCACGGUGGCGGAAAAUAAACAAAUGGAUUUUAAACUGCGAAAAGGCAUGGAAAGGGCAGAAACGGCUAGAAAAGAGUGUGAAAACUUGAAACAUGAAAAGAGCGGGGGGGGGGCUAGUAAGCGCUGCUGGUUUUUAAAAAGGCUUUUCAAGGGUUUCCAGAGGUUUAGAUGGUAUGUACAGGCUUUUCAGAUGGUGUUCUCCAUUAUACAUGUUUUCACAUACAUGUGCGGUACCCGGGAACAUAACCCUUGCGUAAGUGAGGAGUCGACUGUAUUAGAAACAGUUUAAAACAAUUUACAAAGCACUCCCUAUGCACAUUUUAAGAACAUGGCUUCUCCCCUAAGAAUCAUGGGAACUGCAGUUUCCCCGUUACAGUUCGUAGCACCCUUCACAGACUAUAGCUGCCAGGUGUUUUUUGGGGGGAAGUCGUGUGUUUUAAAUGUGUAUGGGAAGUGCGUUAAACGGUUGGUCUGGAUCUGCCUAAAACCACAUAGUUUUCCACGCAGGAAGAGGGUGGCGAUGGCGGCUCCAUCAGACGCACAGUUUGGAUGGGGAUGUUGUGGUCAAGGUACAAUAUGGGCGAGGCAGCAAGUAAACCAGAAGAGAGCUAAAUUUUCGGAGAAUGUGGAGAAUGCAUCCUGAGAGCCAGGCUAGGAAACGGUCACUGCAGGACGUACAUUUACUGGAGCCCUUUAGCCAAGUGGGUGGUGGUUCGCCUUGAAUGAGAAACCUCUUCUCCAAAAAUACAACGGAGUCUUGUGGAGUACCAUUGAGUGUAUUGCUAGGUAUCAGUUUGUACCAUGAUAAAUUUGGAUUUUGCAGGUAGAUCGGCUGAAACUGUACACACACCAUACUGUUAAAGGACAUUGAAAGCACACACACACAUGUCCCAGGAGUUGUUGUUUUUUAAAUGUAUGAUGUGUGCAGCCUUGCAACUAGGAUCUGGAGAGUUUUUGCUUCUAGGGACAGCCUGAUUAAAACGUGUUCUUGAACUUUCACCAUAGUGAUCUUGGUUUUUGGUAGAGGGUGGAGGGAGUCUGCAAUUUAAAUAAAUCUUGGGUAUUGCUGCGACUGGCUCUUUUUGUUUCAAGAAACAAACAUUCUCCAAAGAAAUGGGUGUAGUUCUUCUAUGAACACAAUGGGCCUAGUGACUUAAAAAUAAAUCUCUGUGCUUUGGGAAUUGCCCAGAGUGUUCUUUUGCUUCCUUUACGCCUUAGCUGGGUCCUCAGAGUCAUUCUAUUGACUUCUGUGGUUAGAUAAUUAAAGUUGGAUAAUGUGUAACAAUGCUGGAUUAAUGAUGCCUGAUGAAGUCCUUGCUGUCUGUGUUUAAAUGUAGAUACCUUGCAAGUGCCUUAGGAGAAUGAUAGUGGCUGCAAGCACAGGGUCACAGCAGAUACUGUAAAUUAAUUUCUGCAGUAAGAACGCAAGUUGGCAAAACCGUUCUUUUUUUCUUCGUGGUGAAGUAUCAAACAGUUGAAACACUUCCAGUGAGGGGAGUAAUAAAAAACUGUGGUUAGGGAAAUCUAUAGAGCCUUGGAUUUUGUAACCCCAGGGAAUGAUUUCUGUAUUGACUAGGGCUGUGUACAUACCAUCCAUUGAAAGCACCACCCAAGAAAUAUGGGAACUAUAGUUUACACACACACACACACAAAAUGACAGCUCCUAGAACCCUUAACUACAGUUCUGAUGAUUGAUUGGCAGGAGGAAUGUAUGGUGUGUAUGGGGCCUUAUAUGCAGUGGGAUUUCUGCUCUACAUUACAGAAGAUUCUGGGGGUGUUCUAGGGAGCAAAAUGUUCUGAUUUUAUUCUCUGAUAAUUAUGUUGAGCCCAAAUCAGCUCAUGAUAAUAAAAGAACAUUAAAAUGAGCAUUUAAGAUUUACAUCCAUAUAUUAACUAUAGGCACAAUAGUAUAACAAUAAUUCAGUAAACAAAUAAUGCAAACUUGUAAUAAUUCAACAACAGUUAAUCAAAAACGGCUCCUGAUUUCCAGCCCCAUACCUGAUGACAUAACCCUGAAAUUCUCUUUAAAAAAAUCAAACCCAAACCCAAAUUCUAUCUUCAGCAGUAUAACUGCUAGAGUCUAUUGGGCACAAACCCUUACGAAGGAGACAGGAAAUAUGACUAGACUUGCCUUUGCUCAUCCACCUCUCUGCCCUGGUGGGACUUGUAGCAUUUCCACUGUGAAAUUUUGCACAAAAUCUGCAAGAUAGCUAUAGAUUGCAGGACUUCUGGAUCAUCCAGAUAAACAAUUUGCCCUUGCCUGCUUUUAUGUGUUGGAUUAAAAAUAUAAAAAGGGAGAGGGGAUUCCAGUUCAAAGGUGUUUGUGUUGAUUGGCCGUGAAAAGCUGGAGACAGCAAGGAAGCGUUAGAGCACUGGUAGAAUGUGGGUGUCUGGAUGAGGCUCUCCUCCCUUGAACUUUAGCAAAUGCUUGUUGUAAUCCCACUUUUGCUUAAGAACAUAAGAGUCCUGGUGGGUGAGACCAGAGACUCCCUAGUCCAGCAUCCUGUUCAUAUUGGCCAACCAGAUGCUUUAUGGGAAAUCUGCGAGCAGGACCAGACUGCAACAACAACACUUUCCCCUCUUGUAGUUUUCAGCAACGUCAUACAUAGCCUUAUCCUCCUCUGUGAGUUUGCCCAAUUCUCUUUUAAAGCCAUCUGAGCCGGUGACCAUCACUGCCUCUUCUGGGAGACCCUUCCAUAGUUCUGCUAUGCGUUGUGUAAGGAAAUUAUUUCUUAUGUCUCUCAACGUUCCGUUUCAUUGGAUGUCCUCAAUUUCUCGCGUUUAUAAGACAAGGAGAAAAAACUUUUCUCUACCCACUUCCUCAACUGCACGCAUAAUUUUAGACACUGCUAUUGCGUUGCCUCUUCCUCUCCGUUUCUCUGAAUUAAACAGCCCCCAAAGUUGUAAACUUUCCUCUUAGGAAAGGUUGUGGAUGCUGGAAUCUUUGGCCUGCAUUCUUCCAACCGGAUUAUGAUCUCUUGGGGAAUUGCAAACAGGAAACCGAGGAGAGCAGGAGUCCAUUGCUAACACCUGUGUGUCUUGCAUCUCCUGGUAUAUGUUGGGAUGUUUUUGGCACCACACAGCUAUUGGAGGCAAAGGGAUGGGAGAGGGCUGUGCACCAUUUUAAAGAUGGAAAGAAGGGCCUUCAGGGCACCUUGCAGUGGAAAGAGGGGCAAGGGGGGGAUUGAUAAAUUCACAGUAGCCGUCAUCCACCUGGUGCCCUCCAGAUGUUUCUGACUGGAGCUCCCAUCAGCCUGUGUUGCCUUGGGCAAAUGGGAGUUGUAGUCCAAAAUGUCUGGAGGGCGCCAGGCAGGCAAAGGCUGGUUUAUAGCUUUGUAAUGUUCAUUGCAGGGUAUAAUUUUCCUAGUGUGACUCCCAUAAACUAUAUUCAAAGAUAAUUAUGGAGUUCAUUCUUCCUUGUGCUGUAAUAUUACAGAGGACCUCUGCAUGUGCUAUCUCAGUAAUAACAACAGCCCUUUGAAGGUGGCUAGUAUCUUUCCUCAAAUUGAGAUAAGGGGCAAUGAGAGGGCAGUCACUUGCUUGUUGGUUAGCUACUGCACUCGUUUCAAGGUUUUAUUACUUGUGUAAAAAGCCCUGAUGAUUAUGAACCAGGGAAUCUGCAAAGCUGUAUCUCCCCCUGGUUGCUCAGAUCUGUGGCUGAAGAUUUGUUGAUGGGGUCCCUACAGUAAAGCAUGCUGCUACUAGCUUAUGGGCUUUUAGUGCUGUGGCAGCAGCCCUCUGGAAUGCCCUAGAUGUGAAGCGAUCCCCAGCAUUGUGAUCUUUUUGCCAUUUGUUGAAUAUUUUUCUCUUCUCCUAAGUCUUCCUGGAUUAGUCCAUUCACGGAAUCUUUUCUUUGAUUCAUAAUGCAUGACUACUCACAUGGUGAUGAGAUUCUUUGUAAGGGUAUGAAAUAAAGAGGGCUGGUGGUGCCUGUGAGUGUGAGGGCCUGGCUGUAUCCUGAUGAUUGUGUCUUUGCUUGUUAAGCCAAGAUGCAAGCCUUUUGCCCAUGCAAUUAGCGCCUUCACUCCUCCCUUUACUGUGAGCCAUGUUUAAGCUGGGAAGUCUGUAAUUAAUCAUCAAUUCCCUGAAAACUAUGGCUACCAGCUUUGGAACAAGCCAUGAAUAAAACAAAGUUUUGCUCUGUGGCUUGUUCUGAAUGGGCAACAGUAGUUUCCCUGUAGUUUCUCAGUUCAGAUGGAACAGUAAACUAUGGCUAAUUAGAGAUUUGCUGGUUUAAUGUUGCUCAUGUGAGGGGAGAAUCAAAGGAGCUGGUUCAUAUUUCAGCUUAAUAAGGAACUACAGCCAUACCUUUUCGAACAGCUUAGUUCUCUAACGUUUUUGCUCCCAAAUGAUUGAAACUCGGAAGCGACUGUUCCGGUUUUUGAACGUUAUUUUGGAAGCCAAACAUCCGACGGGGCUUCCACAGCUUCUGAUUGGCUGCAGGAGCUUCCUGCAGCCAAUCAGAAGCUGUGCUUUGCCAGGCUAAUGCUUUGGAAGUUGAAAGGACUUCCGGAACGGAUUCCCUUUGACUUCCAAGGUACGACUGUACUGGCCAUAGCAAACCAUUGGCUAAGUCUAGCAUGCUAUAAAAACAAUGUAAGCAGCAGCAGCAGCAGCAGCAACAACAACAACAACAACACCCAAUGUAAAAAGGAAGUGAGAUGACUCUUAAUUGCUGGGAAUCACAAGUGGGGAGUGCAGUGGUGUUGCACUCAGGUCCUGCUUCUUGUCAGGUUUCCCACAGGAAUCUGGUUGGCCACUAUGAGAAGAGGACCCUGGGCUAGGUGUCCACUGGCUUGAUCCAGCAGGGCAGUUCCUGUGAGCCCCAAUCGUGCCUGGUUCAAAGAUCAGGAUCUUUCCGAAGGGACUUAAUAUUUAUUACUCGUUUUCCAGAUGCAUCGUUUUAACAGUCUUUAAAUGCAGGGAAGGCAGCUGACUUUGGCUUUAAGUUGAAAACAUCCUUUUUAUAGUUAGCUAUGUGCCACCUCUGGGCACGCCUUAGCAUUCCACAGAUGUUUGGCAGUAAACCUUAACCAGUCUUCAUAAUACUGCAGCAUUCAUCUCCGUGGGCUCCUUGCGUGCACACCCCAUCUCCCAGGCCAUUUUUGACGGAUUGCUUAUCCAUCACUCAGCUGUGAUCUGCUGUGGAGCCGCUUUACCCUGGAGCAAGUCUACCCUCUCUGAUAUUUUCUGCUUCCUUUAUUUCUCUCUCUUUAUGUCUUAUCCUUCCUCUAAGAAACUCAGGGUGGUAUUCACAGUGUUAUCCAACUUAUGCACUCACCUGUCCUGCAAGGUAGGAGAGACACUGGUUGACCCAGUGUUGCUUACUGAACUUCAUGGAAUCUGGAUGGUUGGAGCCAAGCUGUCCCAAGGUUCUCAUUUUGCCUGUUGCUCCUGAACAUCCACAGUUGGUUGCAAAUGCAGGGGAGAGGAAUUUGGCUUUGCUCGCAGGGCAUAGGGCAGUAAUGCACAAAUAUAGGAUGGGCAAUACCUGGCUUGACAGCAGUACAUGUGAAAAGCAGCUACGGUUUUUCUUUCUUUCUGCGUGGACCAUGAGCUGAAUGUGAGCCCCCACAUGCCACUGCUAAAAAGGCCAAUGCAAUUCCUGGCUGUAUCAACAGAAAUAUCGUGUCCAGAUUAGCUUUUGUCAUCCUGGUUGGUUCCAGUGCUUCGAUCUACAACUUCCAUCAUCCCAUAUGCUUCACCAUGCUGGCUGGAGUCAUGGGAAUUGUAGACCAAAAUGCAUAGAGGACACCAGAUUGGGGAAGUCAGAUCCAGAUCCUAAGAUACUCUCUUCUACUUUGGUGAAACCUUACCUGGUGUACUGUGCCCUGUUCUGGACAUAGCAGUCUAAGAAGGAUUGUCAUCUCUCAAGGAAGAAGGUCGUGCCAAAGAGCAAUGUCACACUUGCCAUGGCGAGUGGGGAAGGGUUGAAAACCUUCCUUGUGUCUUGCGUCGACUGAGUGUGUUGUAAAACAUAGUCUCUGACUCCUCUUCUGCAGAUUGCAGAGGUUCCUCAAUGGACACAGAGGGCUUAAAACCCUUCCUUGAACAUUUUUGGUUUGUUCUUGUUGCUAAGCUCUUGUUAGCUCGGAAGCUGUGCCUCCUGCAUAUUGGAUAUGGGGAAUAUUUCUCUCCAGAGGGGUACAGCUGUUGCACAUGUGGAACACGAUGUGAAGCCAAGAAGGAUGAAACCCGACUCCUUCCCCCACCUCUUUCUCCUCACCCUUAAUGAAUUUUCUGGGCAAAAGGUAUUCCAUUUCCAGUAAGUUCCUGCCUACUUACUUGAAUUCCUUCUUUUUUUAUUUAAAAAAAUAAUGUAUACUCUCUUUCUCCCCCCACCCCACUUCAGCAAUCCAUGUGGUUUACUGUUCUGCCUUACAGUCAGAUCUCCAAUCCCAAGACCUUGGAAGUCACGGUUUGAAAUGUUGAGUUUUUGUAACUUCUUGCCUUCUAUGUUCAGUUUUUGUUUUAACCUUGGUUGUAGCAGUUGCUGUGGAACAGUGAUCAAAACAGAAGCCUAGAAAGCUGUAGAUUUUAUUUAUUUUAUUUCAAAAAGGGCUUUGUUUAUAUUAUUAUUGGCUAUAUAACUUUUGAAAAUUAACACACACUCACAUAGUUGGUUUUUCCCCUCUGCUCCCCUCCCCUCUCCUAUUUAUUUAUUUAUUUAUUUAUUUCAUAAAAUUUAUCCCUUGAAUGCUCAACAGUGGAACUGACUAUUUCAGAAGGUGAUGGACUCUCCUUUGAUGGAGGUUUUUAAGCAGAGGUCAGAUGGCCAUCUGGCAGGUAUUCUUUAGCUGUCAUUCCUGCAUUUCGGGGUUAGACUAGAUGACUGUUGGGAGUCCCUUCCAAUUCUACAAUUUUGUGUUUCUGGGCCGUGAGCUGCCUUGAUGGGGGCUGUUUUGGCCUGAUGGGUCGUAUAAAACUUGAUAAGCAAAUAAAUAAAUGUCUAGCCAGGUAAUUCACAUGUUCUCCUUAACAAAUUACCUAGCACGAGGUUUGCUUUUCCUUGGAAUCUGGAGCCAGCUCUGAGCCUUUUACCAGAGGCUUUCCUGUCUUAAAGGUAAAGGGGACCCCUGACCAUUAGGUCCAGUCAUGACCGACUCUGGGGUUGCGGCGCUCAUCUCACUUUAUUGGCCGAAGGAGCCUGCGUACAGCUUCUGGGUCAUGUGGCCAGCAGGACUAAGCCACUUCUGGCAAACCAGAGCAGUGGACGGAAAUGCUGUUUACCUUCUCACCGGAGCGGUACCUAUUUAUCUACUUGCACUUUGACGUGCUUUCAAACUGCUAGGUUGGCAGGAGCAGGGACCGAGCAACAGGAGCUCACCCCAUCGCGGGGAUUUGAACCGCUGACCAGCAAGUCCUAGGCUCUGUGGUUUAACCCGCAGCGCCACCCGUGUCCCGUCUUACCUACCCACUUUGAGCACUGCCGUUUUGUAAGAAGAAGUGGAGAGUUGGGUGUGCCACACUUCCGUCCAUGCACACGCUCCUGCACACAGUCACAGAUUACAAGCCACACUUCGGGUGUGGCUCUGGUCUGCAGAAACACCUUGCCUUCAGGGUUUGUCUUUGUUAAACAACUGCGCUUUCUAAGCCUCCUGGAUCCAGAUCUUGGAAAAAGCCCAGAUUUUGCAAGUUACAAGGGCCCUCUGGCCCUUGUUUGUUUGUCAAGUGAUUCACUUUCUGAUAUCUGGGAGAACUUCCCAUCAGUGAUGUGGGAAGCUUUUAUUAAGGGGCUGAGUCACUUUGCUGCUUUUUGCUGAGUGUUCAGGCUUUUGAGUCACGGCUUGGCUCGCUGAUGGAUGGAUCAGCCCUUCCUGAGCUAAGCUAAGUGCAAGUAAUAUCAGCCGAGGGCCUUUUGAAGGGACUUUGAAACAGUAAACCUUUUGCUGCCCAAAGAGGGCAAUUUUAUCUUGGGGUGGGGAGAAUGAUGCUUCUUAGCCACUUUUGCUUUGGCUGAAAGGGGGAGAAAUGAAGAAACAAAUUUGCAGAAGUUAAUACAGUAUCUGCAAACAGAUGCAAACUUUAAAAGAAUUAUUAUAAUGUAACAACUUGCAGAAUUGCCUUAUGCCAUAUGUUGCGCACUUGACUACUUUGAUCUGUGAAACUGUCAUUGUUACAGCUACCGCAAAAUACUCAGGUUGUAGUUUUAAGAAAUUGUUAUUUCGAUGUGGCAGCAGCUAUACUUUGCAACGCUUUCAAUGUACUCUUUUUGACACCUCCAUAAAACAUUUCAGAGACUUAGAUACUGUAUUGACAAGUUUUAAUCUCCUUUCCUGUUAAUUUUAAUGACAUUUUAAACAUUUUUAAUUACUGUACUUGUUUUUGGCUGUUAUUUUGAGUGACAGUAUUAAUAUUUCUUGCAAACUGCUUAGAAGUGGGUUUGUUUGUUUUUUACAACGAAGCUGUGUAAUUUAAAUAGAAAUACUGUAUACAACAUCCCAGGGAGCAAGACAGUGAGCAGGUGACCUAAAUAGACCUUCUUGGUCUGCUAUGCAGGUUUUGCUAAGUGUUGAUGGGCAACUUCAAGGCUCUCCCUUCUCAGGGGUCUUUAUCUUUAAACUGGACAGCCCUUCAGUUUGGGACUGCUUUCUGCAAAAUAGGAUAUGUUGGUGCUUCAUUCCUGAGUCAUUUUGAAAACCACUUAUUAGUUUUGUUUCCGAACUUCUUAUAUCCCUUUGUAAGCCAUCCACAUCCUGCAUGAUGGGAUUGCAUGUAAAAUCUGAAUAAACAAGUCACCCAAGAGUGGCUACAGUGUUAGACUCUGUUGGGGUGACCUGGCUACAAAUCUCUGCUGAAUCAUUGCACAUUCAACAAGCAUACAAUUUGUGCACCUGCAUACACAAAUAGUUGGGCUGCACACCUCAACAAGUGUGCACUCUUUCACAUAAACGCUAGUACAUGUGUAGAGAUGGGUUUAUUGGAUUGUUUUUUAUUUUAUUAUGUGUUUUCUGUUUUUAUAUUGUGACUUUAUUUGGUAACCACCUUGAGACCUGUGGGUAUAGUUCGGUAUACAAAUGUAAUAAAAAUAAGUAAAUUGUACCUCUGUUCAGUAUGGUGUGUGAACAAGCCUAAUAAGCCAGUAUUCCUGGUUUAUCAGGAUCAAGCAUUAUGCUGGUGCAAGCUGACCAAUUGCUCCUGCUUCACUCCUCUUCCUGCUCAAGUGGGGUAAAUAAACCAGGAAGAUUUUGCUUGCUGCUACCUUUGAACCCGGGAUCGUGCCUUGUUAGGGGUCAGCAUAUCCUUUUCUCAGAUUUGGUUGUCGCAGCUGGUUUAUCUGGCUCAGACCUGGGUAGCAUGCUUGUCCACAAUAAGCUACAAUACUGGACUCGGUUGAGAUGACCUGACUUAUUACUGUGUGCAAAUGUGGCUGCUAUCUGUUGUCUCAACCUCUCUCUCGGGGUGGUCCAGAGGAUAAAAUAAAGAGCGUGAUCCUAGGUAUGCGAUCUUGAGUUCUUUGACAGAAGGACAACUACACAUUUGAGAGCCAGGGCAACUAGACCUGGUGACUGGACCAGCCUUAGCGAGGUCUCAUGAAGUCAACCCCCUUUCUGCCUCUUGCUGUUCUGUGACAGAAGCCCCAAGACUCCCAGCCAGCUAGCGUUAUCUGUGUCUUGUAAGGAUCUGACUUGCCUUCCUCUAGUAGGUUGGCGUGAUGUAGUGGUUAAGAGCAUUGGACUAGACCUGGGAGACAGGAGUUCAAAUCCCCACUUGACCGUGGAGCUCACUGGAUAUCCUUGGGCCAGUCACUCACUCUCAGUCUAACCUACCUCACAGGGUUGUUGUGAGGAUAAAAUGGGGAAGAGGAGAAACUAUGUACAUGCCACCUUGAGCUCCUUGGAGGAAAAAGGGGAUAAAAAUACAAAGAUGAUGUUAAAAAGCAUUCCACCCUACCAAGACCACGGAUUUGGGGCUGAUGGGUAUCCUCUGUCUUCUGGAAGCCCCCAACACUCUGCCUCUGAACUACAGUUUUCCCUAGUGUGGUGAGUUGACAACAACUUUCAGAUUUUUAUUUUUUUAAGACUAACGACAAGCAAAACUUAAUUUCUGCAGAUUUCUCUUUGGGGUAGUGGUGGAAGGGAGUGUAUUGUUGAGUCAAGUACUUAUUCCCAAGGUGAAUUUAGGACAGGGACACAUUUUCUCUCCCCUCCCCACGCCUGCACAAGUGAAUGUUGAGAUCCCUGGCCCCAGGGCAUUGGCUUGCCUCAGCAAGCUUUGUGUACUGUGUCAUCACUUUUCAAUAGCUCUGGAGUUACUCUCCUCCCCUUCACAGGCAUUUGAUUUUAGCUUAUGCAAUGCUCACCAUAAUAACAUCCAGGAAGACUUUAUAAUUAUUGGAAAUACACUUUGCAGACAGUGGAGGUUGGGGCGAAUGGGGCCCUGCCCUGCUAAUCUCUGUCUGCAGCUCAGCCAUCCCCACCCUGCCUUGCUCCCUACUUACUUACAACCAACCCAGAGGGUGGCACUGCCCUCCCCCCAAGAGUUACAGUCCCAUCCUCCUGAAAAAAACCUCAAUAAACAUUGACUUCAUUAAUCCCAGACAUUAUUAUCACUGUGCAUUAGUUGCCCUACUCACUCCUGUGAUGGUUUCAAAGAGGAAAUGCUAUGCAAAUACAAAAGGAUUGUUCACCGUGCCAGUCCUGUGGGUGAGAAAGUGUGUUUUUAAUAAUUCGCAAACAUCUUUGCCACUUCAAAAGAAGCAGGACAUUUCUGAGUAUAGUUGUGAGUCAGUAGGGUUUAAAACCUGCCAUCUGGGUUUUACUUCCACGAGUAAACAAAUUCAUGGAAGCUGGGUCUAUUGGCCAUAAGAACCAAGUGGAGCCUCCUUAUUCAUGGGCAGUAUACAUGGGAAAAACAGGUGGUGGGCAGGAAAACAAGCAGCUGGUACUGCAAGUAGAAUUCUGGAUUAAUUGGGCUUCAUGUCAUGGGCAGGCUGGACACAGAGGAAUGGUGGGAGGCACCAGCUGGGGAAGCCCAAGGGGGAUUGGCAGUGGGACAACAAUGAGUAAUCAGAAGCCUGGGAGGAGGAGGUGCCAGAAUCUGAAGAGGUAACAGGCUUUAGUGAGCAGGGAGAAUCUGUGACAGAGAGAAGCAGGGGAGGAGGGAGGCCAAGAGGCAGAGAUGAGCCAGGAUGGUGAAAAAGCCCAGGGUGUCCCCCCCUCCUGCUGGACAAGCUACCCUCUCCCCCGGUCUCCCAGGACCAGGAGAGGUAUGAAGUGGGGAAGAGCAAAGACCAGGCAUGCCGGCAUAGUAUCACAUUGCUUGGGAAGGACCUGGGAGAGGAGGAGACUUACCGUGGGUAGCUGUGGGAAGGCAGGGACCUUCAGUCUCCACAACUGCUUAAUAGGGACAAGAAGAGUUGCUGUGCUCAUUAAGCCUGGCACUCCUGAGCAGAUCCUGUUCCUUCUAAUGAAUACUUAACUAGCUCGCUCCUGACACUUGUUUGUAAGUCAUGUCACCAACCCCAACCACUGUACAGUGGUACCUCAGGUUAAGUACUUAAUCCGUUCCGGAGGUCCAUUCUUAACCUGAAACUGUUCUUAACCUGAAGCACCACUUUAGCUAAUGGGGCCUCCUGCUGCCACCGCGCCGCCGGAGCCCGAUUUCUGUUCUUAUCCUGAAGCAAAGUUCUUAACCUGAAGCACUAUUUCUGGGUUAGCGGAGUGUGUAACCUGAAGCGUAUGCAACCUGAAGCAUAUGUAACCCAAGGUACCACUGUACUGUGUCUUAGAACACUGAUAAUGCCCCUUGCUUGCACGGUUGGAAGACAGAGAGGGGUGUGUAUAGAAGGUAGCCUACCGUACAAAGCUAACAAUUGUAUUCAUUGCUUCGUCCGCUUUUGACCACCACAGGCAUUUAUUCCCUCACCUCUGGGCUAAAUGAUGGUUUAGUGAUAAAGUUCAGCCCACAGUUUCACAGCCUUGAAGCUGGCUUGGAGUUGUAGCAUAAAUAUGCCCAUUCCUCUCAUUCCCCCACCCUCUUGGGAUCCCUUCUUUCUCCAGUGACUUGUUAGCUCAGCUGGGGAACAAAUGCCUUUGGCUAAGAGCAAGGUUCACAUCCUUUACAUAAGCUUUUUUUCUAUAUAAUUAUAUUAAAUGAGGACUGCUCUCUGGCUUUGGCUCUCGCUGCAGUCAUUGGGAUACUGACUGUGUGUGUGUGUUUUGAUGAGUGUUCAGAAACUGUUUUUCACUAGAAUGAGAAAGAUAGGACCUUACUGGCCAAUCAGGCUGGGGUAGAAAAACAGUGAAAUGCGGAGGGAUAAAAGUGCAGUUUAUAGUUGUAGCUCCUAAUCCUCCUUUGCUUUGUGAUAUAUAAUGGUUCCAAAGUAGUUGAAAACCAUCUUUUUCUGCAAGCAUAAUAAAUGAUUUUUUAAAAAUCCUAACGGGCUCAACCCCCGUGUCUCCUGUGGAAACAUUGCAGAAAUAAUCCUUGCUCUUCCUUAAGGGGAACUUGCAGCUGCCUCUUUUCAAUCUCCAGCUCUGCUUGCUUUUUAUUCGGGCUCCUUCCCUGCAUUCUCUUCUUCCCCUUCGCAGCUGUUCAUGGCUCUUCCAGAGGGCAGGGUCUUUAAAUGUUUGGGGCCCGGCUGGGAGGCUUUUUCUCUGGGGAAGGAGCGAGGGCCCUGGCUCAGUGUGGGCUGAGCGCCAGAAGUGCUGCUGCUCCCCUCCCCCACCCCCUGGAUGAAAAUUUCACUGUGGCCUGAAGUUUUUCUCUGGCAAGGUUGACUCUCUCUACUCUAUUCGUUGCCUGAGGGAAAGGAGCUGUGUUGAUUUCGUGCCUCAAAAAGCAUUGCUACGUAUUUGUGGAAGGGACAUAACUCAGUAAUAGAAUCAUAGAAUUGCAGAAGCUGGAAGGGACCCCGAGGGUCAUCUAGUCCAACCCCCUACAGUGCAGGAAUCACAGCUGAAGAAUUCCUGACAGAUGGCCAGCGAACCUCUGCUUAAGAACCUCCAACCUUAAGAACCAUCUGAGGUGGUUGGGGACACUGUCAAACAGCUCUCAAUGUCAGAAAGUUCUUCCUAAUGUUUACAGUGGUACCUGGGGUUAAGAACUUAAUUCGUUCUGGAGGUCCGUUCUUAACCUGAAACUGUUCUUAACCUGAAGCACCACUUUAGCUAAUGGGGCCUCCUGCUGCCACUGCUCAAUUUCUGUUCUCAUCCUGAAGCAAAGUUCUUAACCCGAGGUACUAUUUCUGGGUUAGUGGAGUCUGUAACCUGAAUCGUCUGUAACCUGAGGUACCACUGUAUUUGGAAUCACCUUGUUGUUUGAAUCUCUUAGUUUGGGUCCUGCCCUCUGGAGCAGCAGAAAACAAGCUUGCUCCAUCUUCCAUGUGACAGCCCUUUAGAGAUGUGUUGAGGGCCCAGUUCAACCUCCAGAAAACCAGGGCGAGCUGCUGCUAGCCAGAGUAGGCAAUGCUGAGUGAGAUGGACUUUGUAUAAAGCAGCUUCCUAUGUUCUUAUAAAACUGUGGAUCCUUUGGCUGUUAUGGAGGGCCUUGGCUCAGUGGUGGGGCAUCUGGUUUGCGCGCAGUGUUGGUCUUUUAGUUUGGUAAUUAGGUUAAGGAAUAAAAGGAGAAUUCCCUAGAUGCCUAGAUUCAGGUUUGGGGCAAGUACUCUUUGGUGAGAGAGCCCCAGCAGAGGUUUUAAAACACAAAAUAUGCAGCAAAGUAAGGUGUGGAAAUAUAGGUUGCUAGACUUUUAAAAUAUCCCCUUCUAAGUUGCUCCCAGAGCUCCCCACUUUGCUUUGCAUAGAAAGAAACCACACAUUUGGUAAGUUUAAAAUGGUGUACUUAAAAACUUUUCAAAGGUCAGAUUCAUGGGUUUUUCCAUACAGCAGCAAGAAAACACAGGCAGUUUCACUUAGGUAACAAAAAGUGAUAAAUGUUUCUAUGUUAUCUGCAUAGAAACACAAAGAUGGCUUGCUAAAGCCACACCGUCUAAGCUUGGAGCAUUCUGCAUGGACAUCCUUACUGGUCAGAUCACUUGUGGAAUAGUGGAAAGUGAGAGAACAAAGAGGUUUAGUAACCCUUCCUCCCAAGGUAAGGGUGUGUGACCUAGCUAAGCCAGGCAGGGCAGCUUACUCUGUGGUCUUAACCCCUUCAUGCAUAGAUUAGUGUUAAGGCAUGUUGGUUAUAUGAGGCUGAUCCCAAAUGCAGAAGGUCCCAGGCUCAAUCCAGGGAGGCUUCUCCAGGUAGUGUUGGGAGUGUCUCACAUCUAAAACUCCAAAGAGCCAUUGCCAGUUAGUGUGGAUAGUACUGAACUAGAUAGACCAAUAUGAUCUGACUCAGUAUGAGGCAACUUCCUCUGUGUAUUCCUCCCUCUCUCCUGGUUGUCCCCUGCCAGUUAGGAUUUUUCUGGCCUCAAUGCGCAUCACUAACAUUGAACACCAUUUUGCCCUUUUACUGCCCAUUCAUCAAUCUAGAGUGGCCUCUUUUUUUGAGCUCUGAACAAUCCCUUAUUCCUUUUUUACCUAUUUCAUUGCAUUUAUAUCCCAGCUUCUUCUCCAAGGAGCCUGAGGUGGUAUACGUGGUUCUCUUCCUCCUCAUUUAAUCCCCACAACAACCCUGUGAGGUAAGUCAGACUGAGAGAGCCAGUGACUGGCCCACCCAAAGUCAAGCUUCAUGGCCAAGUGGUGAUAUGAACCUAGGUCCUAGUCCACUGCUCUCACCACUGCCCAUCACUGGCUGACUUUUUGUUCCCAUUUAAAUAAUUUUGGUUCUGACUUCAAACGAGCAGCCUCAGUUGCUGCUUAACCCAGCUCCACAUCACUUAUAGCUAGUGCAGAUCCUUGCUGUUUCCUUCCCUUUAUUUAUGGAUUAAAAUAAUGGCAGGGGGUAUGUCUGUCCCAGACCCUCAGUGUCUCACAGAGCUCAUUAUGCUCCUGAAAACAACCGCCAGCAUCUAAGCUUCUUAUUUUCGGCAGAAGGCUUUUAGGAGGAAGAGGCAGAGGAUACUCUUAUUUUUUUUUUCCUUGUGGAAGCUGUCAGGUGCUGCUGUUCUAGAACUGCAGUCUGCUCAAGGUCCUUCAGUGGGAAGAAACGGGACUCUUUCAAAGGGACUCUUGUUUGCUCAGAACAGGGAAUGCAAAAGGCAUGUUUUGGCUUGACUGCGGGGGCGUCUUGUUGAGUUUGCAGCACCUUCCUAUGGAUUGAACCAUUUGUGUGUGUGUGUGUGUGUGCACGUAAGAAAGUUCUGAAGUUUUCUCCUUCCCUCAAUACUUGUGUCUUUCUUCCUGGUGGAUUCUACCCCACAAACCAAAUGAAGAAGUCAUCUAUAUGGUCUUUGCUGCUAAAAACAGCUCGAGAUUUUCAACGGGAAUUAUGUGGUGAUUAUCAGUUUCUGGAUUUUGCUUGGAAGCCAGUGAUGUCAAUCAACAAUGUAGAGCAGCCUUCCCCUAACUCAGUGGUGGCGAACCUUGGCACUCCAGUGAUGCCCUCCAGAUGUGUUGGACUACAAAUGCCAUCAACCCAAGUAUCAUACAUUGGUGGUCUAGUUUAGAUACUCCAUGCAAUUAGGAACUUGAGAACUCCUGAUUUGUGUGUAGUGCAUCAGACAUUUACUCUGUGUUUGUGAGUGGGGCUGGGGGGGGGAUAUAUAUAUAGCUGGCCAUGAUUCUGCUCCCUCCUCCCCACAGUUGCAAGGAUGUUGGAAAGAGCCCCCCCCAAAAAAUACCAUUGGCCUUUUAUCAAAGUAUACACAUGGGAAAUGUUUGUGUGCGAUGAGUGAGCAGAAUCUUUGAUGCUUCUCUAGGAACCAAAGCAAGCAAUGCUCCCUAGUAUUGUGGGAGGUAGCUCAUCUUUACCAGGAUCUUAAAAAGUAUAAAAAAUAACUCUGCUGUAAAUGUCAACUAAAACCCCCAUAGCGUCAAUUUAUGUGUAUAUUUAAAACAAAUCUCUGCGGAAUUUGUACAACCUGAUCUACAGGGUGGGGGUGGGGGGAAACCCCUGCUGCUGUUGACGUGUUUAUGUGUGUACAUGUGUUGCAUGUUUAAAACAUUGUGCUUCCUCUUUCAAAUUUAGUUCAGUUUUUGGUCAGAUUGUGCCUUCCUGGCUGGCAAACUUUGUGGUAAAUAUGCAGUUUCUAUUUUAUUAAGGCCCCCAGAAGCUGAGCCCUUUUCUUUCUUUUUCCACUCCAUAUCAGUUGAUCAGGCAGGCUGUACUCUGUGUUUGUGUUUAUGUUUUGUUUUGUUGUUUUUUUUAAAAAAAACCUUGUGUAUGUACAGUAGCUGACUUCUGAAAAGCUGCGUAAAUGAAGGAAACCUUCCUGUGUUUGUUUUGUUUUGCAUCAUUUGUUCUGCUUGAGCGAAAGAAAGUCUUCAAGCAUUUUCUUACUCUCAGGCUUGCAUUUUUGCUGGGAAGGGGGAGCCAGAGUGCUGCAAGCCAGCCCCAAACCAUUUGGUGGAGUGGGGAGUCAAACGUGGGUUGUCUGUGCCCUGGAGGAGGAGGAGGAGGGAACCUCUGAGAUUCGUCACACAGAAUCUUUCCAAACCCAAAUUAAUUGUUCAGUACAUCUAAGCCAGGCUUUAGCAAGCUGGAGCUCUCUGAAUGCUCGGGCCUAUAACUCACACCAGUCGUAGCUGGGAUGGAUGGGCAUGUUGCAGGCUACUACAACAUGCCCAUCACUACUACAUUUAUAUCCCACUUUUUUUUCCAAAGAGCUUGAUGUGGCAUGCAUACUUCUCCCCCUCUCCAUUUCAUCCUCUCAAUAAUAAUAAAAAAAAUUAUUUAUACCCCGCCCUCCCCAGCCAAGACUGGGCUCGGGGCGGCUAACAACCAAUAAUAAAAAUAAGUUGAUUAAAAUGCAACUUAAAAUACAAGAUUAAAAUACAACAUUAAAACAUUAAGAUGCAGCCUCUUCACAGGAGGAGAAAGGAAAAAAGAAAGAGGGGAAGGGAAUCAAAUUGAUUCUAAGACAAAGGCCAGGCAGAACAACUCAGUCUUACGGGCCCUGCGGAAAGAAAUCAGAUCCUGCAAGGCCCUGGUCUCAUGAGACAGAGCCUUCCACCAGGCCGGAGCCUGUGAGGUAGGUUAGGCUCAGAGGCGGUGACUGGCCCGAAGUCACCCAGGGCUGUUCAUGGCUGAGUGGGGUUUGAACCCUGGUUUCCGAGGUCCCAGUCUGAUAUUCCAACUGCUAUUUCAUAGAAUUAUAGAGUUAGAAGGGACCAUGAGGGUCAUCUAGCCCAACCCCCUCCUGCAAUGCAGAAAUCUUUUUGCCCAAUGUGGGGCUCAAACCCAGAACGGUGAGAUUAAAGAGUCUCAUGUUCUACUGAUCUAAAAAUUUGCUCCUUUUGAGUGAAUUAAGAUAACCCAAACUGUGUCUGCUGAGGCUGUGUGUGUGUGUGUAUGUUAAAAAACUUGAGAUAAGAGUAGUUUAUAUAUGGUCACAGGACAGUUAAUACUACAGUGUUUGGAAUGGGAGUCUCUUAUUAGAUCAUAGUUUAAAUCCUGGCCAAGCAUCUCAUGCAGACGGUUCCUUAAUCAUUCACUCCUGGCUGAAAGACAGCUCAAACGAUUACGUAUUUGCAGAGCUUGCCAAAGGAGUCCAACGGGCAGAGUGCUGAAUAUAUUCCUUGAAAUCCUAGAUCCGAACUCUUCCCUAGCUAUCCUGUGCUCAUUGUGUGGUCUUGGGGCAAGUCGCUAUCUCUCUGACAGUGGACAAGAUUCGGACUCUUAAAUCAACUUGGCACACUAGUUUUAGGCCAAGAGUAUCACAUGGCACGAAGCUUCGUUUGCUUCUUGUAGAUGUCAUCUGUUUAAGUGAGCUCUUCUUCAUCACCCACUUGCAAUUUUCUGGCAAUUGGUGUGCUCCAAGCCGAACCAUAUAUGGAGAGGCAAAGUGGGAAUGUCCUACUGAGGAUGUAUAUGCCCUGGCCCUUCUUGUCUUGCUUGUCUUUUCUGGAGGUGGCGGGACCGGGACAGGGCUAAGUUUUCCAUCCUCUGUUUAAUAAAGAUGUGUUUAUUGAGUUUUCAGAAAUAACUAUAUACAAAGAAAAGAAACAGGAAAGAAACAAAGAACAGCGACUUCAUGCAGCGCUGAGCAAACAGAAGGUUCAGAGCACUUUUUCAGACAUAAUAAAAUUCAGCGUAGGGACUUUUAGUAAGAGUCACCUAUUGAUAAAAGGUAGCUUCACCUUAUAGAGGCAUGUAUCAUUUUCAUACUCUGUGUGUGGGGGGGGGGAGUACGGAACUUUCUCUGUUUACUCCCUGAGUAACAAGAGUAGCAACUAAUAACUGGUGUAGGACAUUUUUACCAGUUCAUAACGGUAGCCACAAGGCAAGCUCUGAUGCUGGAAAUGCAGGACAAAAAGACAACUCCAGGGCCAACUGAAGGCAUUUUACUACUCUAUGCCCCUGCCCACCUGUUGCUUCAGUCAGCCUUUUUACUUUGCCCAAUGAUAGGGCCGGCCCUGUCCCCCAAUCUCUUACAAAGGUGCUUUAACUUCCCAAGUUUCCAAAGCCGCGGCUUUCAACUGGCGGAUGAUGACCCACACCUAGGAUCUGGUGGUUUUGUUGUUGUGCUUUUUUAUAUGCAUUCUAAUUCUAAACCUGUCUACUCAGAAGUAAAUGCCAUUGAGCUCAGAGGGGCUUACUCCCAAGUGAGUGUAUCUAGCACUGCAGCCUUACUUGUAAGCAACUUUGUGUGCAAUUCAGGUGAGAGAGUUAAAAAAGCACAGUGAAAAAUAUUUUAAAUAAAUAAAUCCUUAUGCAAGGGUGGAGACGAGACAGAUUUUCCUCCAGAAUUGAAGGGUUUUUGAAAGGCAGAUCUAUGCUGGACAUGGGCUCAACUAUCCACACUGAUUUUGCACGCUUGUGAUGUGUUUGCUAAGGCGUGUUGUACCAGUGGUGGCACAGACAUCUUGGAGAUAAUGGAGAUAAAACAAUGCAUAGGAUUGUUCACAGCAUGUCCUGUGGGGGUUGCAUUGGGGCUCACAGUGGCUACUGAGAUAGAAGGGGGAAAGGCGAGUUGUGGCUUUAGGGGCUGCUCAGUCCAUCUGCUGGCUUGUUGCUGUCCUACAAUCAAGCAAGUCAAGUUUAUAACCCUCUUGUUGGUUUUAAAGGCCCUUCAGGAUCAGCUGCCCACUCUGUGUUUUUAUGGUUCACUUGGAGUUUUAUUGGUGCUCUUAAGGCCUUUACUGUUUUCAUCCUUGUGAGCAGGUCCCUCUUCCCAGGGAACAAUGGAAUUGCAGCUCUUAGGCGAGAAUAGGGGGUCUCCUAACAACUCUUAGCACCCUUAACAAACUAUAGCUCCCACAAUACUUUGGGGGAAGCCAUAAUUGUUCACAGUGGUAUCACAGUGUUUUAAAUGUAUGGUGUGAAUGUGGACUCUCUCCAGUUGCCAUCUUUCUGCUGACCCAGGGAGCAUGGACCCAGGGAGCAGAGAUCUGGGCCAUUCCAUACAUUGGUCAUAUGCCACCAGCCAUUGCAAGAGAGGGGCAGGGGCAGGUCUUCAGUCCUCUAGCUCUUUGUGUGGAUUUAAUAAUCCCAUUCUGCCACUUUUUAAUUCUGUUAGUGGCCUUGAGCAUACUAAUAGAUAAGUGUGGGUGCAAAUUCAGUCAACGGAAGCUAAACAACUGUUUAAAUUAGGCUUUGCCAACCUGGUGCCUUCCAGAUGUUUUGGACUACAACUCCCAUCAGCCCCAGCCAGCGAACAUGUGGGCGUUGUUACCCAAAGCCUCUGGAGGGUUCCAAGUUGGCAACGGCUGGGUUUACUUGUUAAAAUAUUACAGUGGAAGAACAUAAUUCAGGCUUUUCCUUUCUUUCCACCCCACUCCUUGAAUGGGGAUUAAACCAGCAACUCCCAGCCCAGCCAAAUAAAGUGCAGAAUUGGGCCUGGGGGUGAAGUUUAGGCCUUCCUUAGCAACCAGCCUUGGGGAGCACACCAUGACCAUAGAGGACGCUGUAACCAUGGCGACAGGCUGUGCAGGGACUCUCUCUUGGGCCAGAGACUUAACCUUUAGUAACCUUUGUCUGCAUCUCAUGACUGGAGGGAGGCAAUAAAAGCCUCUCCCUGAGAUGAGCCAGAUGGAGCCCCUGAAGGGAGGGGGAUGCGGCCCCUUCUCUCGCAACCCCUUUUUGCAUCCUUCUGGAAAUAGGACGGUGGGAUCAAGGCCUGACCUUUUUGGAGGAAUUUGACUUUGCGCUCCAUUUUUGGUGCCGGGGUCGUGUUUUGGCAUGGACAGAGCCCCUGUCAUCCUUGAACUUUAAUAUAAAGACACAGCCUUCAAAGUGAAUCAAAAGAGAGGGGAGACUUUCACUUCUGCUUAAUGAGAAAUCUGAGGCUCGGUAUAAUAAUAAUAAUAAUAAUAAUUAAUAAUAAUGUAUUAUUUAUACCCCGCCCAUCUGGCUGAGUUUCCCCAGCCACUCUGGGUGGUGUCCAAUCCAGUGUUAAAACAAUACAGCAUUAAAUAUUAAAAACUUCCCAUCCCAAAAGAAUCUUGGGAACUGGGGUUUGUUAAGGGUGCUGGGAAUUGUAACUCUGUGACAGGCAAACUUCUGUUUCCAGGAUUUUUUGCGUGUGUCAAGGGAUGUGUGUACACAGCCCGAGUUGGGUCCAUUCUUCGUGCUAAGCAUUUCUACCUGUGACUUUGCUGGAUUUCCCCUUUCCUUUCCUGUUCGAAAGGUUCCCCCCUCCCCCAGCGCUCCACUUGAUAAGGCCUCCAAUCCACAGCCUGCACUCCCCUUUUGCAUUAAUUCAACAGAGUUUCUGUGCUGUACAGAGUUCAAGGGAGCUCACGACAGCUUUGCCCUCCCUCGGUCUUCUGGUACAUCCUUCCCUCUGGAGGUUUAUAGGCCAGAGUUGGUCAGUGAACAGCUGGGAUUGGAGUAGAUCUUAUGUUAAAACAAAUGCAGACCUUAAAAGAAAAAAAAGUAUGAGAUCCAUCUAUUUAUCAGACUGUUUUCAUUAUCAUAAUGUCAUUUGUAUGCCACCUUUCUGCAAAUGCCCAAAGCGUCUUACGACGAAGAAAAAAGGAAUGCAUCUCAAAAUCAACUAUUGCAAGAGCAAUUUUGUAAUAUAAUAAAGCAACAACAUACAGUAAUAACAAAUAUAACAACAUGCAAAACCCCCACAUUUCAGUACUAAAUAUAUAACAAGAUUGCAUUAGCAACAUUGCACCCCCUGGCAUUAGCAGAAAUAACAAGGGAGCUUGACAGUUUCAUCUUCGUCCUUAUAAUAAGGCUUCCAAAGGCAGGGAGUGGGGUAUCUGGAAACCCCUCCAUGAUGCAUGACUUAUAAAUUGUUGGUUAGUUUAUAUGUAAUACAUAAAUAUUCAGUAGAGUGUUUCGGUGGAAUGAAGUUUUCAAGAAGUUUUCUAUUUUUAUUUAGUUAUUUAGCAAGAUUAGCAAUAUUUAUAUACUGCUUAAUCAAAAAGGGUUGUAGCUCAGUGGUUGAGCACCUGUCUUGCAUGCAGAAAGCCCCGGGUUUAAUCCCCAGUAUCUCCAAGUGGGGCUGGUAAAGACUCUUGCCAGAAUCCCUGGAGAGCUGCUGCCAGUCAGUGUAGGCAAUACUGAGCUAGAUAGACCAAUGGUCUGACUCAGGCAGCCUCUAAUGUGCCUCAGAUAAGUUUCUUAGGUAGUUUACAUAAAAUAAUACAAAAUAUUCAUUUAGAAUGGUGAUUAAAAACAAACAUUAAAAAGAGAAAAUUAUCAAAAUAUAAAUAAAAUCAACAGAAGAAUAAAUGUUAAGAAUGAAAAGAAAAACAAGGGGCAUAUUGCUUUUGCCCAUCUGAAAUAUGCUUGCUUGCCUAUGAGCAGGGUCACAAGAAGCCCAGAUUGCUGUAACUGAGUCUAUAUCAUUGCUAGGUGGGUUUGAUUCACUGAAAACAAAGUGUGGGCAAUAGUUGGUGGUUUGAGGGGGAUGAGGCACAGUACUGUAGGGUUUACGUGUAACCAAGAACACCAUCUGUGAGGGAAGGGACUGCUAGCCACGAGUCUGAAGAGGUUUGAACUGACAAGGUUUAUUUUGUUAUGGAAAGGGAGAUUAGUGUUUUGCUUCAUGCUUGCAGUAGCUGGAAAAAUAGCACAUGCUGAGUGAGAGUCAAGUCACAACGCCACCAUUGCGUUGCAUUCACCAGUUUCUUGCUUUCUUCUUUUUGCACCCCAGACCCAUUUAUUUUAAUGGGGCUGAUUUUUCAGGAGGUAAGUGGAAAGUGUGCAGGAGUUGUCCAUGGAACGGCUCUUGUACCACUUGGACUCAGUGGAAUCUGUAGAGGAGGUUCUGUUUCUCCUGGCUUCAUAUUGUUUUGUAAAUCCAGGUAAGCAGGCUGUAUUAUGCUGACUACAAGCACAGUCGUAUCCAGGUGCUGCUGUCCUGUAGUGGUUAGCAUGUUGGACUAGGACUCAGGAGAUCAGAGCUCAAAUCCACACAUUGCCUUUAAACUGACACGAUAACCUUGAGCCAAUCGCAGCCUCUCAGUGUAACCUACCUAACAGGAUCAUAGGAACCAACUCCUAGGGGCUGAGGAGUCUUCAGCCCCCCCAAUAAAAUAUUUGAGGGGGCCAGGCCCUCCCAAAGUUAAUGGGCAUUGUCAUUCAAAUAGUGUUUGUGCACCACAUAUGUGAUCGAUUAUGUAGAGUAGGACUUACUUGUACCCCUCAAUAUUUUAUUCAAGUUGGCACCCCCUGAACAGGAUAGUUGUGAUGUGAGGGUAAAAUGGGGAGAGGGGAAACCACAAACGCUGCUGUGAGCUCACUGGAGGAAAGAUGAGAUAUAAAUGCAAGGAUACAUAAAAAUAAUUGCAUCCUGUUAAAUUUCACCAUGGGCCUGGUUUUGGAAAUUUGAGUUUGUCCACUAGGCAAAGAUACCUCCAGUCUACUAUGCCUAUAAAUCAGUUAUCAGAAAAAAGCUAAGCCCCACUGAAUUAUGUGAGACUUACUUUGAGUAGAUAUGGUCAGGAUUGCGCUAAAGGUGGGUAGAUCAUUGGGGGGGGGGGGAAUGCCUGUGUGAACACGUAAACCUCUCUCCAAAAGGGAGCAGAAACCAGCUGUAAAACUCAGUAGCUUCUAACAUCAGCUAUUGGCUUUUGAAGCUCUUUUUGGAAACCUAACUUCUGGGUGUGGGGGGGAGAGACAGCUACUGCUCAGCUGCGGACAAAGUGAAAUUGCUUUGGUGCUUUAUUGGGUGCUGUCCUGAAAGAGUGAAAGAAUCUGGCCUUAGAAUAACACUUUCUCUCCUUCGGCCUUGGAAUCUCUCUCUCUCUCUCUCUCUGUCUCGCUCCUUCCCCCUUUCCCCAUCACUUUGAAAGUCCUAAUCUGUGUACACUGUGAACCACAAGAUGCAACCAGUUCUGACUUUGACAGCUGCUGGGGGGUAGGAAAGGGGGAAGAGCCUUAUGGCCGUUGCAUAUUUUGAAAUCUCUUGUGUGUCAGUCUUGGUAAUAAAUGCCGCUGAAGCAGGUUUAGUUGCUGGCUUUAGAUGUAUCUCACUAAAUGUUUCCUGCAUUGCAUGUGUUCCCUUCCCUUUCAAUUCCAGAGAAAGACUUCAUUCCUCAUGCUAUGAAAAGUUCAUUUCUUUUGAGUGUGCUUUGUGUGCAUGUGCUGGUGGCAUCAUAGAACUGUAGAGCUGGAAGGGACCCUUAGGGUCAUGUAGUCCAACCCCCUACAAUGCCAGCAUAUUUCACCCAACGUGGGGCGUCACCUGUGUUACUGCUGCUCCAGUCUUCAUUCAAAUGAUAUUUCUUGUCAUGCAGGACAGGGGUGGGCAGAAGGUAGAUUUUUGUCUACCAAUAUAUCUCUGCACAAUCUGUAGUAAAUUUGCAAGGGUUCCUGACUUCCAAUUGUUUAACGAUAGCAACAGGGGUCAGCAAACUUUUUCAGCAGGUCCACUGUCCCUCAGACCUUGUGGGGGGCUGGACUAUAUUUGGGGGGGGGAAUGAACGAAUGCCUACGCCCCACAAAUAACCCAAAGAUGCAUUUUAAAUAAAAGCACACAUUCUACUCAUGUAAAAACACCAGGCAGGCCCCACAAAUAACCCAAAGAUGCAUUUUAAAUAAAAGGACACAUUCUACUCAUGUAAAAACUCGCUGAUUCCUGGACUGUCUGUGGGCCGAAUUUAGAAGGCGAUUGGGCCGGAUCCAGCUCCCGGGCCUUAGUUUGCCUACCCAUGAACAACACAAUGUCUUUUCCCACCUAAGUGAGGCUGUGGAACUGUCAAAAGUAAACCAGGAGAGGACUUUUGUGUGAAAGGACUGUGAGCUCAGCUCACUUCUGGUUACAGGGAAAUGCAUCUUCCAAUUGCUAGUGCUAACUGGGAGUUGAUCCCCAGGGUUUUUCCUAGCCCUGCCUGGAGAUGGAAUCUAGGACCUUCUGCUUGCGAAGCAAGUGCUUUGAAUCCCAUUCCUAUAUCUAUUCUCUGUUGGUUGAACAAGGAUCAGAGUUGGUCCGGACCCUCCACAGUCACUGAUGUACCGUAUUUUUCGCUCUAUAAGACGCACCAGACCAUAAGACGCACCUAAUUUUUGGAGGAGGAAAACAAGAAAAAAUAAUAUUCUGAAUCUCAGAAGCCAGAACAGCAAGAGGGAUUGCUACGCAGUGAUCCCUCUUGCUGUUCUGGCUUCUGGGAUAGCUGCGCAGCCUGUAUUCGCUCCAUAAGAUGCACACACAUUUCCCCUUACUUUUUGGGAGGGAAAAAGUGAGUCUUAUAGAGCAAAAAAUACGGUACUUCCUCCUCCUCUCCCUCUGUCUGUCAGUCUAUAUCUUUUUUUUGCUGAGCUGGGGGGUGAAAACCAAGACAGCUGGCAUCUAUCGUGUCAUGGCUAUAAAUUAAAAAGCAAACAGUUGUACCUGAUUUAAAACUGGCUUAUGUUCUGUUAGUGCUCCCUGUCACUGUUUGGAGGUUUGCAUUGGAUUCUAUUUAUAUGACUUCUAAUACAAUUUGUAACUGUACUAGAACACCCUUCUCCAACCGGGUGCCCCCCAGAUGUUUUGGACUGAUGGGAGUUGUAAUCCAAAACAACGGGCGGGGGGAGGGGGCACCCGGUUAGGGAAGGCUGGAGCUUCACGGGGACUGGCUUGCGCAGAAUAAAAAUAACACAAAACUGUGUGUCUUGAGCGCAGCUGUUUCUACUUAGCUGAGCGAGUAGAAGGGGCUGGUGAUCUCACUUCCCUCCAAGCCUCCUGUGUAAGCACAACACUUGGAAAACCGCAGCGAAGUUUCCUGAGCCGCAGAGGCAGCAGCUAGAGAGCAUUACCCGAUAUUGUAGCCCUUGAGGUGGAGAUUGCGUAGCUGUUCAUUCAGCCUCUAGAGGAAGCUUGAUCCAUACAGUCAGCUGAUGGGGCAGUCAGUGGGUGGAAGGAAACUACAACUCUUGGUUGACUAGAUGCUGACCCCUUUCAUGGAGCAGGGUAAGAAGUCUUCUUGGCUUCUGAUAAGAAUUGCCUUUGCGGAAUCCGUCUGGUUUCCAGCAGGCUCCAGCCAGAGGCCUCUGGAAGGUCCCAAGCAGGGCACGGAAGAUGCUAUCUGCAUUGUUUGCCCUCAUCUGCUUCCAAAUGCCUCUGCUGAACACAAGGUAGUUCUCAUCCUCACACAUUUGUCUUAACAGCCUUUUCUUAAAAAAAGAAAAACCCCACCCAAACUGACCACUAGCCACAUGUGCAUCAUUUCACACAACACAGCAGUGGUUUUCUAAGUUUGCUCUGAGCUUAACUGCCCACCAUUUUCACUGCGCGAUUCUAUCAGCAACGAUAUUCGUAAGAAGGAAGCUAAUCUCAAAUCUGUAUUAAUCUCACUUGCAUCAUAUUGAUUUAUUCACAGCAGGGAAAGUGGAAAAUGAAAAUCUUGGCCUUUAGGCUUUCCAUUUAAUGGCUUGGUCUUUGUCUGCGGCAAAAUUCCCUAAGCAGCGAAAACGUCCUGCCUCUGUGGAGAGUAAUGUGCCAUUAAUAGAAGGGACAAACUGGCUUGAAGUCUAACAUUUCUCAAAACAUUUUAUUUUUGGUGCAAAUAUGAUUGGUGGUUGAGCAGCCGUUGCUGAUUCUAAGACCUCAUCACAACGGGCACUUUGUUCUUCGGCCUUUUGCAAAACUCACCUCAGAUCUGGAGCUCUGGAAAUCUCUUUAAACAUCGAAUGCGUCUUCCGUUUGGCCUCUGUUGACCAAUAAAAUUGUCCCUGGCAGUUGCUGGAAAAAAGAAGACUUAAAAGCCCAUUCUGCUAUAGUUAAGAUGAUACAAUACUGUACUAUUUUGCUGUUCUCAAACAAAAUAAUGUUUGAACUGGGCCCCCAUUAACCAUUUUAAAGGGUUUUAAAUUAGUGCCAUUAAAGAAAAUAUUUCUUUUUUAAAUCAUCAUUAUUUUUAUGGUGCUUUGCAGCCUAUGGAAAAGUAAUGGCAUGUGAAAGUCCAUGGAAAUGAGCUGGGUGGUGGCAGUGCCUGGGCUUUGCCCCUGUAAGUUUCUGGGUUCAACUGCAGUCCUUUACAUCUCCAGUAAAAAGGCAGCAGAGAUGCAAAAGAUCUUGGAGAGAUGCUGUUGGCCUUGAAAAAAGUUUCCUGGGGAGGUUGUGUGUUAUUCUGGAAGUAGAUAUUUGGCAAAUGUGAAGAAUGAACUGAGAUGUCUUGCAUGAGUUGCAACCAUGCCUUUUUUAAAAAAGUAAAGUAUUUUGGGGCUGUUUUUCUGGACAAAUGCACAUUCAGUCUAAAGAUAAAAAUAGUACUAAAACUUUAAAAAACCGAACACUUCAGAUUAACAACACCAAACCUGAAAAGUGCUGUUAAAAUAUUUUUCCCUCCCUUUGUCUUCAGUGAUCGUUUUUACAGGUACUGUAAGGAUGGGAAGAGGGACACGGGUGGCGCUGUGGGUUAAACCACAGAGCCUAGGGCUUGCCGAUCAGAAGGUUGGUGGUUCGAAUCUCCGCAACGGGGUGAGCUCCCGUUGCUUGGUCCCUGCUCCUACCAACCUAGCAGUUUGAAAGCACGUCAAAGUGCAAGUAGAUAAAUAGGUAAACGGCGGGAAGGUAAACGGCAUUUCCGUGCGCUGCUCUGGUUCGCCAGAAGCGGCUUAGUCAUGCUGGCCACAUAACCCCUCCCUAUCAGCCCCGAUCAGGUAGCUGGUGCAGAAGAGAGCUGUAGUCCGAAAAAUCUGGAGGGUAGCAGAUUGGUGGGAGCUGCUUUAGAUGCAGAGGGAGGUAUAUGCUGAUUUGGGCAAUUUGCAAUGAAGCUGUACCUUUCUGCAGGUAGCUGCCUCUUUUUAGUUUGCAUCCAGUAACUGAGUUUUGAAAUGGAAGUCUCAAAAAUGAAAUCCGGUCCCAAAACUCCGCUUGGGCUGGAACAGAGCAAUCUGUGUCUUAAGGCAGACUGUAAUACCAGUGAGUGUGAAAUCUGUGUGCUGGCGGAGACGGAAAGCGAUCCAUUUCAAGUUACCUUGUUCAAAGAGUAGGAUCUGUCUGCAUCUGCUGCUUUUGGGCAUGUUUUAUCUUGUGCGGAGCCAUCCAUAGCUGAGCUGAUGUUGUCAAAACCUUAUCUUGUCUUUAUUCAUGUUGCAUUUCCAGAUCCCAGAUCCCCCCCAUCCCCCUGCCCCCGAUUUCAUGAAACUGGAGCCAGAUGCAGGUCAACACGAAAGACUCGGGGCUCUGCUGUCAGCGAAGUUAACUCUUUAUUCAGGGAAAUGGCAUACAACUUAGCAACCCUUCCCAGCAGGUCUUGCCCUGGGGAGGGGAGCUUGUCGCAGCAGGAGUGGGAGAGUCCCUGGAUUCUUCAGCAACCUCUUGAUCCCCAUCCUCUGCUUCAGCCUCGGAGUCUGAACUGCUCCCUGUCCUAUGCUCCUCCUGCUCAACAAACCCUGUUGCCUCCUCCCAAUCUUUUCCCUUUGACCUCUCACCCAUGUCCCACCACCAAUCCCCCGGCUCUGAGCCUUCCUCCUCUGAGGUUUCCAUUGGGGAUUCCCCAGCUGGUGCCUCCGACCACUCCUCUUCAUCCAGCCAGUCCCUGACAGCCAGUAUAAAUUUAACUUUGUUGCUUGGAUGUCUUGCAUUUAUACCCUGCCUUUCCUCCAAGGAGCUCAAUAGAUGGUCAUAAUAUUGUUCUCCCUUUCACCAUUUCAUCCUCUCAAGAACCCUGUGAGGCAGGCUAGGCUAAGCGACAGUGACUGGCCACCUAGUGAGCUUCAUACCUGAGCUGGAAUCUGAAACCUGGUUUCCCAGGCCCUAGUACAGCACCUUUAACCACUACACCGCACUGCCAUGUAACUAUUAUGUAGGCUAGCAGGCCCAUCCCUUUUCGUGAACUUGUUUGCAAGGCUGCCUUUAAAAUGAUGCCACUUUGCACUCUCAAGGCUUGCUUUCUUGAGAGCUGGAAGAUUUACAGGGGCUUAGUUUGUCCAGGCUGUUUUAUAUAGGCAGCACCAAUUCUAAAUUGAAACCACGUCCAUUUCUUUGCGCACUGGGAGGGACUUGUGUUGCCUGAUCUCUGCACAGGCUCAGCGGCUGGUUAACUGAAUGCAGCUUGAAUACGGCGUAAAACGUUUCAUGAGCUUGAGACAAGCUAAAGUGCAGAAUCAAGAACAGAAGGGUUUGUAAAUGGGAGGAAUUGGGAACUGGAAUAAAGAAAAUAACAGCAAGAGCUUCGGGCCCUUUCUGGAACAUAAUGUGUUGUUUUGGGUUUGUGAUUGAAAAAAAGAGGAAAAAAAGACUAGUUGGAAGGUGUUUUUCCGCCCCUCACGAAGCAGACGUUAGGGGGUGCGGGCUUUCUUAGUAAACAGGCUUACUGCUGUGGUGAGGGGGCGUGAUUUGGUGUCCCAUAUGUGCAUUUUUGAGUGAGCUAGCUGAUUUUGCCGAGGGGCAUGUGGGUGUCUUUCAGAGGGCCGAGUGGGUGUGCAAAGCAAAGUCCUUAGUCACAGGCAAAUGUGGGGUUUGGAAGAAGAGCUCUGUGUCUGUCUUCCUUCCAUCUCCACCCCCUAAGCAACAUUUGUGCAGGUCACUUUCAUCUUGCCACACACUUGGGAGCCCUGCAGAAAAGCACAUCCUGCUCUCAGACCGGCAGCAAUGAAUAGAAGCCCUGUCUUCGUCUUCUGAAGUGGUCGAAAUCUAUGGCUUGCUUCACACAGGUUUGUGUCGCUUGAUGUCAGGCAGCGAGCUGCAUGUGUGAAUGAGCCAUUGCACAUCGAUUGCCACAAGUCAGGAUACCCUUUGCUUUAUUGCUUGAUGUUUCCUCAUAAAUGCAGGGCUUCUCAAUUGAGUUGGUUCAUCCAUUCAGCCGCAGCUCAGUUGAUUAAAGCCAUCACACGUACAGUAAUCCAGUGAUGUAGGUCCACGUGGCCACUCUUUUGUUUUUAUUUCUGAAGAUUUUAAAAGCAAGCAUGCUUUUCUGGCCUAUUCAUACAGGGAAAGGAGGCGGAAAUAAAGUGGUGGAGACCAGAGGUGACAGAAUGAAUUGUACCUCCUGGGAAUUGCAAGUGGGGGGAAUGGCAUUUUUUAAACGCUGCCUUAUGUAAUUCCGCCUUCCCAAUUAUAAAUUCCUGCAAGUGGAAAACCAGUAUUGGUCCUCUCUUGUCCUCUCUUGAAGUGACUUGCAAAGGUUGAAAUUCAAACAACACAGUAUAUGGCAAACUUACCCAUUUAAAGCAAUGCAGUGUACACCAAGUUGCUCGUGCACAGUGGAAAAUAUAUAUGUCUUUCCUCCAUCAAGAUGAAAUGAACACCAAAGCACAGCCAGUAAAAGUCAGGCUGUUAUUGUUGUCCAUAUGCCUGGGAAAAUAAAUCCAUUUUGCCUGGCGCUGAAAAGGUGAGAGUCUGAACCAGACAAGCUUCCCUGGGGGAGAGCAAUUCCAUAAACGUGUCUACGACAGAAAAGGUCCGUCCUCUUGUUGCCUCCCGCUCUAGGAUAAGUCACAAGGAAUGGGUCUCUGAUGCUGAUCUUCGGGUCUGAGUAGGUUCAUAUAAGAAAGGCAGCCCUGGAGGAAUUGGGGGUCCUGAGUCAUGCAACUUAAGCUAAAUUUAGGGUGCAUUCUCUCUGUUCAGUUGGGGUGGUGACCUUCCACAAAAGCUAAUGGUUGGAUGGACAGAUGGUAGGCUGAUCGGUUGGCUGGAUGAAUACUUCUGUGUGUGAUUCUUUGAUUUACUGGUUACCAGUGAAAAGUCAACGGUGGAGCAGCCAAAGAAUGAGAAGGGAACUACUUGCAAAAAUGUUAAUACUUACCAGCCAAUCUGCAUCACUUCCUCUCCCCUUCCUUCUGUUCAAGGAGUCCUCAGGUAUUUGUAGUAAAGCAGUGGGUGGAUGAUUGGGACAUUUCAUUGGAGACUUGAGUCAACCUUCCCCAACCUGGUGCCCUCCAGAUGUUUUGGACCAAGACUCCCAUGAGCCCCAGCUAGCCGGCAAAUGUUUUUCUCUGGUUUCUGUGUCUUCUGUUGAGCAGCUGUCCCACCAGUUUGCUUGUGGCACCAGCUUCUCUGCCAAGAUAAUGUUCCCUAUUUCUCUCCCAUUUAUCUUGUUUUUCCCUGUUUUUAUUAAUGGUGAUAUUUGCAAGAAAACCAAGCACGAUGAGCUCAGUCCUGGCUGUCUCUCUCUUUCCUCACAUCUCUCUCACUGUGAUGUCAUUUGGAUGUGCCAAUAUGCAGUUGUGAAAACUUUGCUCGAGGGUUAGUUUUUUAGCUGUCCAGCACACCUAGUGUUGAAAGUAACUGCUUGUCCCUGGAUGGUAUUUUAUACCAAUAAUUGCUUGCCACAUUAGGAACUGCAAACAACUUGCAAAACUUUUAAGGACAUAAAGUAUAACGUAAAAUUGAGAAAUAACAGCAUGUUAUAAGGAAAACCAUACAGUAACCCAUAAAGAGCAGCAGAAUUUUCAGCAACAAAAACAUAUAACCAAUAAGCAGCAAAAUCAUCUCUCUUUUUUACUAGUAAUCAUCAUCUGCUCACCCCACCCCUAGUAACAUUAUGAGUGAAUAUGACGCAGAAUAGUCUUAGGCAACCUGAUGUCUUCCAGAUGUUUGGGACUACAGUACCCAUCAGCCCCAGAUAAAACUGGGAGGGGGCUGGAAUACAGUGGUACCUCAGGUUACAUACGCUUCAGGUUACAUACGCUUCAGGUUACAGUCUCCGCUAACCCAGAAAUAGUACCUCGGGUUAAGAACUUUGCUUCAGGAUGAGAACAGAAAUCGUGUGGUAGCGGCAGCGGGAGGCCCCAUUAGCUAAAGUGGUGCUUCAGGUUAAGAACAGUUUCAGGUUAAGAACGGACCUCCGGAACGAAUUAAGUACUUAACCUGAGGUACCACUGUAGAGUGUCCUGAAAGAAGGUACGGCUGCUUGGAACACUAAAAAGGAGCAUUCCAUACUGCAAGAUCUUGUUGGAUUUCCCACUUCUAUGAAAAUAUGAAUAAAUUAAACCCAGGAACAGCAUUCCUGUUCCAUGUCAUCAGGUCCAGGCUUGUGUGGAAGAGGCCGGAUGCCUUUUGUCUUUUCCACCUCGAGAUGUCAAAAUCCUCUUGGCCACUUCUGUGACUUCUGUUCAGGAGGGAGCACCCGUGGCCUGAUAGCUUUUGUUUUGGUUUUCAGAUGAGCAGGGUUGCAAAUGAGAUUUUGUCUUUACUGCAUUCUCUGGGAAAAUGAGAGGCUGCAGAUGUCGGCAAGUAAUCUUUGAUAACCCUGCGUUGCGUAACGCAGUAACUUUCAGAAACGCCUUAUCAGGUCCUCCAUCCUCUCCCCGCACUUUUUUAUAUUUGCGUUCUCAAUCUGUUUAUGGAACUGGGUUUUCUUUCUCUGCCGAUGGUGACUCAUAAUUAAGGAAGUUGGAGAGCAAUAAACUCGACUCUGUUGUCUCUCCGCUGCCCUUUUCACCUUUCCUUUCCCCCGAGAAAGCCGUGUCAGUCACGUCCCCCUCAAGAGGCAUGAACAUUUUAUCCCCCCCCCCUUCUUGUGGAAACUCUGAGAGUGUUUCAGUAAGGACAAGAAGGGAAAGUCUUGUUGUUGUCAGGUGCAUUGGACCCCACCCCUCAACGUGGGGAAGGGGAGUCUUUGAGAGCCUCUCCUGGGACGCAGCGUGCGGUGGAUGAACAGGAAAUGAUUCACCCUGCACUCGCUCAUUAGCAGCUUUGAACGAGGUCAGCGAGAACUGGAGGGCCGGACACCCAGAAUGGGAGUUGGUUCCAGGUCACAAGAAGUCCCAGUUUUGUCAUGGGGCGCUUCCCCCCAUGCCUUAUUUAUUAUUUGAAAGAUUUGCAGCGUUUUUUUGAGAACCGUGCUCCACAAAGUAGCUCACCACGCAAAAUGCAAUCGGCACCGGAGUUCAAAUACAACGCAAAACCGCUUGGAAUGUCUGUUCCAUAACACUAGGGGCUGACCACCAGAGCAGAAGUAAAUUAAAGCACCGGCAACAAUAGAACUCUUCCAGACCCUGGCAGCAGAGCCCUGGCUUUAUAGCCUUAUUUCAAGCAGCAAAGGCCUCAGGGAAGGCCUAGGUCUUAAGGCCCACUUAAAAGCUCAGUGGAUGGGGCCUGCCUGCCUAGCCAUGGGGAAGGGCCAUACCUCAGUGGCAGUAGCACCUGCUUUGUAUGGAGAAGGUCCUAGGUUCAAUCCCCAAAGGCAUUUCCAGGUGGGUGCAAAGCACUUUAGAGACAAUACUGAACAGGAUGAGCCAGUGGUCUAAUUGGGCAUCAGGUAGGUUCCUGUGCUCAUUAGGAGCAUCCAUAGCACAGUGUUAUGUCACCUGCUUUGCAUGCUACGUAAAGGUCCUAGGUUCAGUCCUGGGUAGGGCUGGAGAAAACUCUACUUUGGAACCCUGGAGAGCUGCUGCCAGUCAUGUAAUACCAAGCCAGAUGGACGGAUGCUAUACGAUAGUGUCUUGUGUUCUUUAGCACUCAGAUUCUAUAGUUGUGGGGCCACCGUUGUGAAGGCCCUGUUACAAGUCUUUGCUGUGUGUGUGUGUGUUAUCCACAUGUGUGUGAUUGUAAAUAACCCUAGUUGAACUGCUUUUUGGGGGGAGGGGGCAGGAGUGGUGUAGCAAAUGCCACUGAACCCCUUUGGGGGAAGUGCAUGGUUUUGGGUGUACAAAAUACAAGCCCGUAGGUUGGUCCCCCGAAAGUCACUCUCUUGCCUUCUCACACAUGCCACAAAUACCAGAACCAGAAGUAUAUCAGUGGCCUGAAAAAAUCCUGGCUUCCUUGCCUGGUUGCCCUGAGGAGGUUUUGCUCAUCACAGGUGACCAGCUAGAAUGAUGUAGACUGCAGCUGAUGGGCCCUGGGACUGAGAGGGCUUGGACGGUCACCUCUAUUCUCUCGCUUUCUCCUCACCCUCAGUCCCCAAACCACAAGGCCAGUUGGAUAGCGAGCAACUUAAGAGGAUCUCUUUUGGUCUCUUCUGUGUGUACAGGCAUCCUUCCUUCCUCCCCCUGCCCCCCCAUCCCUCCCUCUCAUCUGCCCUUCUAAAGCAGAGUCUGGUGUGAGGGGGCUGGCAAACUGGGUUUCAUGACUAGAUGGCAGAUUUUCUCCAGUCCUGGGAGUGCUUCUGUAAUUGGCAGCGGGGGGUGGGUGGAAUAUAUUAUUUAGUAUUUGGCAAAAAUGGGCCAAUCCAGUCAUAAAACCGCCUCAGGAAGAAAGUACAGGUCUGGAUUAUUCAUCAGAUGCAGAAGAACAUAAAAAUAUGAAAACCUCAUGGCUUUUAAAACUACCUCUGUGUCUCUGAAUCUGCAGGGAUGGGCCUGUUAACAGACUCAGAAGAACUCUGUAAGAGGAAUAACUCAGACCAAGGAGAACUUUGCCCGCACAAUGAUGGUAUCCAUUGACCUUAUUCCAAGUCAGACCAUUGGUCAGUCUAGGUCUGCAUCGGCCUAACUAUGGCGUAGGGUCAUAGCUCAGUGAUAGAGCAUCUGCCUUGCAUGCAGAAGGUCCCAGGUUCAAUCUUCAGCAUCUCCCAAGUAGGGCUGAGAAUGUCCCCUGCCUUGGAGAGCUGCUGCAAGCCAGUGUAGACAAUACUAGGCUAGCUAGACCAACAGGCUGACUCUGUACAAGGCAGCUCCCUCUGUUCCUAAUUGUCUACACUGACUGGCAGUCGCUCUCCAGUCUUUCAGGCUGCGGUCUCUCCCAGCCCUGCCUUGGAGGUGCCAGGAUUGAACCUUGGGACCUUCUGCAUGCCAGGCAAGUGUUCUACCACUGAGCCAAGGCCCUUCCCCAAAUAGGCAACAGUACUCUGACAAUGUGCAAAUUCAAGUGUUGUGCUCUGUCUCCUGGUGACCUUCUUGGACCAGAGUUGACUGUCUUUAUUUUAAGCCAGCUUUUGCCAACCUGGUGCCCUCCCUCCAGAUGUGUUGGACUGCAACUCCCAUCAGCCCUAACCAGCACAGUCAUCUGCUUUUGGGAGCUGAUAGGAGCACAGCCAUACUGGCUGAAGUGGAUGUGCACCAGGUUGACAAAGGCUGCAUUAAGCAAUUCCUUCUUCAGCACGCCAGAGAAUUUCCUUGACAUUCUGCUCUCUUCCUGUUCUGAUGAAACUCCCUGCUGGAUCACGUAGGGUGUUGAGACGUGAAUGAAUUGGUAUGCCUGGAAUCGCUGCUUCUUUUUCAAAGGAGUGUUUAAUUUAGCAGUAUGAGACUCACGACUCCAGUGGAUCUGGAAUGAGGAUUAUUAGCUUACUCACCAAAGUGCUUUUGAGAUGAGAGGUCGUUCUCUCUCAAUUUGCAUAGAUUGGUCUUUGCCAUGCUGAAAUUGAAUCACCAACCACACUCACUGCAACAACCUGGAAGAUGAAAGGAGGAAGGCAGGGAGGAAGGGGCAAUGGAACCUUUUUAAAGAAAAUGAUGUAGCCACAUGUUGGUUUGCCUUGUGCUGAGUCGCCUAGCUCAAUAUUGUCUGCCCUGACUGGCAGCAGCCCUCCAGGAUUUUUGUGAAAAGAGACUUUCACAGCCCUAUCUGGAGAUGUUGCCAGGGAUGGGACCCUGGGGCCUUCUGCAAGCAAAGCAGAUGCUCUACCAUCUUCCACCUGAACAGCUUUCAAGGAGGAUUAGACAAAUUCAUGGAGGAGAGGGCUAUUGUUGGCUACUAGCCAGGAUGGCUAUACUCUGCUGCCACAGUUGGAGGCAGCAAUGCUUCUGAACACCAGUAGCUGGAAACCACAGGAGGGGAAGAGGGCUCUUGUGCUUGAAUCCUGCUUGCUGGUUUCCUACAGGCAUCUGAUUGUCCGCAGUGAGAACCAGAUUCUGGACUUAGAUGGGCCAUUGGCUUGAUCCAGCAGGCUUGUCUUAUUCUCUAGAGCAGUGUUUCCCAAACUUGGGUCUCCAGCUGGUUUUGGACUAUAAUUCCCAUCAUCCCUGACUUCUGGUCUUGCUAGCUAAGGAUGAUGGGCGUUGUAGUCCAAAAACAGCUGGAGACCUCAGUUUGGGAAAUGCUGCUCCAGAGCUACAACCCUUCUGCCGUGAUUGCCCAGGUGUAGAUAAUGGAUGGUGUUCUUGGGUGCCUUGCAAUUCCCUCCCUGGAACUGUUGGGUGCACUUUCUGGCAGACCAGCUCCUUCUUACUCCUUGGCCUGCCCACAAAGUGUAUCCCCGCUUCUCCCUCCCUCUCCCUCUCUCUCUCAAUGCAGAUCCAGCUAUGUUCCUUCAUCUAGUUCAUGUUGGUUGGGGGUCAGCCCAGAAUAACUGAGCUGGGCUCCACCUUCCCCUGUGUGUCAUAGACAGCACUGCCCACCUCCAUCUCUUCUUGCCCAGACACAGCUCAGAAGGGCGGAGGAUGUUUGGGACGUUUGCUUGGGUUCGGUUUUAGCCUAUGAGAGCAAACUUUAAAAAGUUCCUGCCACAGGAAAUGGCAGUGCUGAUGCUGGACGGGGCUGACCACCGUUGCAACCUUUCAUGGAGGAGCUUGAGUAGGAAAACAGGGCUCUUGCCAGUCAGCCAUGGGCGUGGGAAAGCUUCCCAGCUGGCAUCGGUUUUGUCCCAAAUAAAUGGAUCUGGUGUGCUGGGGAGGCUGUUUAAAUGGUAGGUAAGGAAGCGGCACAGUAGGGCGUUGGCAGAACUUGUGUCCACUUGCAGUUGGCCACUGUGUUUGUGCUGGCUUGGACCUUGAUGGCUGACUUCUUAAAGCCAUUUGGAAUAUGGCUUUGAUUGUAAUUUUAAUCCUGGCGCAGGAGGCGGGGGGGAGUGAAGCAGAGCUGAGAGUAAGGAUUGGGGAGAGAUUUAGUUCAGUUCAGAUUUAAAGAUGCGCCUGAUUUUGCUGAUUUGGAAUACGUUGUAUAUACUGUCUUGAUUUUCAAUAAAUUACAUGAAUUUUUUUUAAAGCUGAACCAAUGUUGUGCUUUUCAAAAAGAAUAGGCAAACUGAAAUGCAGCCAUCUUUUGAAACUUUGCACUUCUCUGAAUUUGGUAGUGCUGUUCUCCAGCCAAGUAAUUUGUACAAAAAUGCAUAUACAAGUGUGUUUGAAAAUGCAUUAUGUUGGGGGGGAAUUGCUUGCAAAAAGUGUGUGUAUUGGUCAAAGCUGCACAUAAAAAUAUGUUUAUUAUGAGACAUUCACACUAAAAUGCCAGUGAGAUUUCAUGGGAACUUUAAAAAAAAAAGUGAAUUGUUGUGGAAAUGGGGAAAAUUGAAUUUAAGUUUGGAAAUAGAAGGAGCUUGGAAAAAUGAGAUUAACAGAUUUUGGCAUGACUGAGAUAAGCCACCAUUCUUGCCUUCACCUGCUUCCUUGGCUUGGCCUCCUUAGAAGACCCUUGUUUGCCAUGGUUCUGUUUCCGCCUCUUUUGGAAUAGCCUCUGUUGAGUGCAUGGAAGGGGUGCUUGGAGGCUUCUUCGCCUGGGGGAAUUCUCUGCCAGUGUUCUACAUUGCUCUGCUUUUAAACCAGGAAUCCUCUGCGGUUCACUUCCAAUCACACGGUGCAUUUUAAAAACAAAAAUUAUUAUGAAGCUUUCUGCAAAAGGUGUCUCAUGUUGCAAGAGCUGUAAUUUUGCUACAGGGAAGAGUUUUAUAACCUCAACAUUUCAGACAUGGCUGUGUGUUUUUUUAAUCAUUUAAGAAACUUUAUAUACUUUAGUCUUUAACUGUACAAUGCGAGGGAAAAUAAAUAAAUAAUGGAGCGGAGAUUUCCAGCUCAGAGUAAUCUUAAUUUUUGCCUGUUCCUUGCAUUUUUGUUGUUACUGCUACUUUAUAAAUGUUUGCAUCCCUUUGCUCUUGUGUUUUUUAAAUGCCCUCCCCGCUGUUAAUCUGUUCUGUACAGAGAGUUGGGAGAAACACUUUAAAAAUUCAAUGCGUGUAAGUGUGUGAGAGUUAGAGAGAGGAGUGCCUAAAUAAUAGUGACAAGCAAGAAUACAGAAGCUUAAUAGCCUGUUUUUUCGUUCUUGGGGUGAUGUGCUUCCUGCUUACCCCUUCUUGGCUGUACAUGCUAAAGCAAAUCUCUGGUAGGCUGGAUCUAGGUGCAGUGGUUAUUCCUUAUUCCUUGAUUUUUCAGGAGAGCAAGAUCAAAACGUCUGGUUGUCCUGUUCUUCCCACCCCGCUGGUGAACAAAAUGGGCAACAGUGCAGUGCCAUUCUGCCGAUACAUUAAUAACCAGCCAACUUGUCUCUGUGGAUUCAUUUCCUUCUAAUUGCCAUAAGAUUCUUUUAUUCAAUAGGGAAGAACUCUCAAACCAAAGCCCUCUGCCUUUUCCACUUCUAAUAUUGCCUUUUCGUUUCCAACAUUUCAGAUCGCUGGAUGGCCGGCUGCAGGUAUCCCACCGAAAGGGUCUCCCUCAUGUUAUCUAUUGCCGGCUCUGGCGGUGGCCAGAUCUUCACAGCCACCACGAACUGCGAGCCAUGGAGAUGUGUGAAUACGCCUUUAACAUGAAGAAGGAUGAAGUCUGUGUGAAUCCGUAUCACUAUCAAAGAGUGGAGACACCAGGUACUAUAACGGGCCUCUGUUGUUGUUGUUGUUUUAGUGUUUGUGUAGAAGGCUAGGACACUGGAAGACAGAGCAGGUGGUGGAAUUGCACCCAACAUUGUACAGGAAUUGCACCCAAUACUGCUGACCUUGUUGUUAGACUUCUUGCUGACAUUUGCUCCUUGGCUGUCUUACCUCUUCAGUGCUACCUCCAGUAUUGGUUCCGAGGCAUACAGAGAUCCCAGCUGAGUUUCCUCCACUGGAUGAUUAUAGCCACUCCAUUCCAGAGAACACUAACUUCCCAGCGGGCAUAGAACCUCAAAGCAACUACAUUCCAGGUAAGGUAUGCCUUGCCCCAACAGAAGUUGUGUGCGGACCCUUUUAGUUGGGUGGAUGGAAUUACAGCUUAGGUGCUCUGUUGGCAAGACCAGAGGUGAUCAGGCUCAAGGCCUGGGAGAUCUACAUUGUCUCUUUUGACUAGAACCACCCGCUCCCCAGGUCUUCCAGACCCAGGUACAAAAAUAAUGGUGAGCUGUGAAUUAAGCAACAGAUGGUGGUAUCCAACUCAAGGAUUUCUGCUUGUGCGAUGGGUGUGUUACUCAGUGUUACUUUGGAUUCAGCCCAAAGUGCCUCUGAGCGCAUGUUCAAUCCAGGAAUUUGUGAUCAAUACCAGAACUAAGAACUAGAUAUCCACGUCUGGUGACCCUCUAACGCCUGAGUAUUCUCUUUCAGCCACCUGGUUUGUUGGGGGUGGGGAGACCUUUUCAGUUGCUGCUAUUGUCAUUAAAUAAGUAAAUGUUGCUAAGCAGCUGGGAAUUGGAAAUCCUUGCUUUGAUCUACAGCAAAUCACCCCAAGAUCUUCCAGUCAAUCUGGCCUAUUUUCUGCCCACCUCUGAGCUUAGACACUCGGAACACAUUAACAUUUCUGCUUCUAUGUGUCGCCAAUCUACCUAUAUCGAAAGGAAGUAACUUUAGCAUUGAAGGUUGUCGCCUCAGGGCUUUCAACUUCUUGUUCCUUUUCUCUUGCUUCCGAGCAGAGAGAGAAAGAGCCUGUGUGUCUUAACUCAUUUUCCAUUCCCAGUGAAUAAAGGAGCAUGGGGAAGGAGGUCUUCUGAAAAUUAACUCUGGAGUCUAGAGUGGGCUCAGGAUAAGGUCCUCGUAAGUCCUGGACCUUAGAGAAGCCUCAGUUGACCCGUCUGUAAAAGGGGAAGCUGUAGCUACUGAUCUUGCAGCAUUUACUCUAAAGAGGUGAUGGAUUAUAAAGUUCUUUUCGAGACAUUGGACAAGGGCAGCAUUGUUUAUAAAUAAGUGCUCAUAUUUCCUGAAUUUUGCUUGAUUUUUAUGACAGCUCUGUUUCUCCCCCCCCCAUGCCCUGCCCCCCCCCACUUGCAGAAACACCCCCUCCUGGUUAUCUGAGUGAGGAUGGAGAAACCAGUGACCAUCAGAUGAACCAUAGCAUGGAUGCAGGUACAUCACGCUGGAAAUUAAUAUGUGACAUUUGAUGGAAUUGUGCUCAUCUCUCUUGUCAUUUUAAGUAGAAUAAUCUACCAGAGUUUGAAAACUCCUUAGAAGGGAUCUCUUUCCCAGUCUCUUGCACUCUGUAUAUGGGGGUAGCAUGGAGCCACAUAUUACUUGGUCAUGUUCAUUAAUUUCAAGAAGUCCAAGUUAGGUCUGUUAAUUUAAAUGAGUUUACUUGGAGGAAAUCCUGCCAACGUAGCAGUUUGAAAGCGCGUCAAAGUGCAAGUAGAUAAAUAGGUACAGCUCCGGCAGGAAGGUAAACAGCAUUUCCAUGAGCUGCUCUGGUUUGCCAGAAGUGGCUUAAUCAUGCUGGCCACAGGACCUGGAAGCUGUACGCCGGCUCCCUCGGCCAGUAAAGCGAGAUGAGCGCCGCAACGCCAGAGUCGGUCACAACUGGACCUAAUGGUCAGGGGUCCCUUUACCUUUACUUGAGGGAAAACCUAGCUGAAUUCCACCCACUGCCCCUUUCCCACCUGGCUUGGAGUCUUCCAUAUCUCUUUAUUUAUUUAGGCUGUCAUUCAAACCCCUGAUUCAUCAUGCCUAGAGGUGGGCAGGGUAGUAGUGGAAGAAGGGACAGAGAUCUCUUUCUGCCCAGCCUGGACAGCUCCACCAGCCUAUGCCCAUGGAGUGAUGUUGGCAUCCCUCCUCUGGCAUGCAGUUCUCAGUUCUGCCUGUCAAAGGUGUGGAAUCCCACUGGCAGAAGCCCUAUAUCAGGGCACUGAGGAGACAGCAUCAUGCCUGAUCUGGCCUGAUUGCUGCACCUCCUCCAGGCUGGAACAGCAUCUUCCCCAUCUCCAUUUUGUCCUCCUAACAACCUUGCGUGGUUAGGUUAGCCUGAGCAACAGUGACUGGCGCAAGGACACCAAGUGAGCUCCAUGGGCCGAGUGGGGAUUUGAACCCUGGUCUCCCAGAUGCUAGUCCAACACUCUGACCAUUACACCACCUUGGCUCCACACUUCUUUCCAUUUACAGCUGGAGAGGAAGGGAAAAGUUGGGGAAACACAAGGGCUGGUCAAGGGAGAACUGGCGAGUUGGAAAGAGAGAAUGGGACAAUCCACGCCAACACCCCUGCCACGUAUCGUUUGCCAUCUCCCUCGCCAUAGCUGGGGCUGAAGAAUGCUUGUGGGUUUCUAAAAGGGGAAUGAGUGACACAUUUAUCGUCUUUUGCCAUAAGCACACAGGUGGGAGGAGGCCGGCGUGGGAUUGCUGGUAGGCCUCAUGCGCAACCCUCUUUGGUCCAACACCAUUGGUGUGUGCAAUUAUUGGCUGUGUGGUCGGUGUCUGUCUGAAACGCUAUACGGCGCAUGCCUUCAGGGCCAUAAUUAUUUGAAAUGGCUUUGGCUUUGAAUGUACCCUUGGAGUGCCCUGUCCGCGUGGGAAAACAUAUAGGUUUUUUUUUUAUCUGUAUCUUUGAUUCCUAAAACUUUAUUUGAAAACAGAUCUUUCCCAUGCAAAAUACAAAGGUAGAGGGGACGCGAAGAAUGGCUCUGGUGUCAGUGGCAUGUGCUCAUGGAACUGACAUGCAGCAGGUGUCUUGGUCCAUGCCAUAUGGUGAAGGCGUGAGCCUCUAGUGCAGCCUUUUCCAACCUGGUGGGCUCCAGAUGUCUUGGAGUGCAACUCAGCUGUCGCCUGGGAUCAGCCAUUCAGUCAUGGGGAGAGAUGGAAGGCAGAGUUCAGUCCAUCAGCUUUGCCCAAAGACCAGCUCCUUCAGGCACCUCCUGCCCCUGAGCUGUGCCAGCUGGUCAUUGUAAGAACAGUUUAAGAACUGGUGCCCAAGUCUGAUGUUUUAUUGGUCCCUCUUCCCUCUCUGUCCUUUUUUCCUUGUGUGUCAUUAAAAAAAAUUGAACUGCAAGCCUGUCCAGACAGUGACUGUCUCUUGUUUUGAUUGCUGUAUGUAAGCCACUUGAGAAGCCUUUCUUGGCAGAAGAGCAUGGUGCAAAUGCCCCAUCUCGCUCUCUGAUUUCAGACAGAAAGAGGGUAGCCUCCUUGCAGUCUCUUUGGGCAUGGGAAGCCCACUAGGCCAGUGAUGGCCAAACUUGGCCCUCCAGCUGUUUUGGGACUACAGUUCCCAUCAUCCCUGACCACUGGUCCUGUUAACUAGGGAUGAUGGGAGUUGUAGUCCCCAAACAACUGGAGGGCCAAGUUUGGCCACCACUGCACUAGGCUUUAGGCAGCAGAAGGAGCAAGUACAGUCCCCGCUGGCUGCCCUAUAAUCUGCUGGCGGGCACCACCUUCAGCUGCAGGAUGGUGCCCUGCUCUCCCUGUGCCAGCAGUGUCACCCACCCACCUGCUGAAGGGGCAGCAGUGGGACCCCAGGUAACUCCCAGUUAGAAGUGCCUCAUGAAUUCUUCUUCAGACUUGCCCAAGAACUUCCUCAAGCGAUUGUUGUGGAUAUGAAUAUCAUCACUAUUUUAAAAGCACUAUAGUAGCGGUAUCAACUUAAUUCCUGCAUUGCAGGGGGGGUCGGACUAGAUGAUUCUGUAGGUUCCUUGCAACUUGACAGUACUAGGGUUCCGUGUUUCUUCUUGGGCAGAUAGUAGCUUACCAUCAUUGUAUCUUCUUUCUCUCCCCACCCAGGUUCUCCAAAUUUAUCUCCAAAUCCAAUGUCCCCUGCACACAACAAUCUGGGUAAGGACGGUGCUGCUUCGGCUUUUUUGAAAUUCACAUAGAGGUGUUUCGGGGAUGGCCUAGGCAGUGAUAUGAAGCCAGUGGGUGGGGCACCUAACAGGGAAAUGUCUUGCAAAGGCAAGCAGUGUUUUGUUUUAAUAAUUAGUUUAAGGCUGGAUUUGAAAGAAGGUUCUGACUGCAUGUUAUGACUUAACAGAGAAUUGCAUGAAAAUGCUCUACAGGUGGUAUUUAACACCUGUUAAACUGACCAGAAUGUUUCGAUCUAGGCCAAACACCUGUUGGAAAUGCGGGGAGGCAGAAGGCACAAUGAUCCACAUGUGGUGGAACUGCAAAAGAAUUAGAGAAUUUUGGGAGAUAAUCUACAACAAACUUAAAAAAAAUGUUUACAUGUUCAUUCCCCAAGAAGCCUGAAGCCUCCCUGCUAGGAAUAAUGAGCAAUGAAAUCUCAAAGAAAUUUAGGAGAAUUUUCAUGUAUGCUACAGUAGCAGCUAGAAUUUUAAUCACAAAGGGUUAGAAAGGAGAUGCUACCCCAUCCAAACUAAAUUGUCAAAACAAAAUGUGAGAGUAUGUAGAACUGGCCAGAUUAUCAGCAAAGUUUCGAGAAGUUACUGAUCAAAAAUUUAAUAGAGAGUGGGACGUGUACAGAGUUUAUUUAAAAGAACAUUGCAAAAACAAAAAUCCGUUGGCAGGCUUGGAUUGACUUUCUGCGUGUAAUAAGAUAAUUCGAUAAAAUCAAUGUAAUUGAAAUAACCUAGAAGAGACAAAGCUUAGUGUGUAGUUAAAGAACGGAGCUUGGGAACCACAAUGAGGGGAUCGGAGGUCAUGUGGAAACCAACUACAAAUUGUUACCUACAACAAGCACUAAUUAUGGAAUGAAUGUUUGUUUACUUUUUACUUUUUUCUUUCUGUUGAUUACUUUGUGUUGUGUAGUUUUUAAAACCAACGAAGCAUUAAUAUUUGCUCCUCUCAAAUUUUCACUCCUCUCCUUUCUUGCAGAUCUCCAGCCAGUCACUUACUGUGAACCUGCCUUCUGGUGUUCCAUCUCCUACUACGAGCUCAACCAGCGUGUCGGGGAAACUUUCCAUGCGUCGCAGCCCUCCAUGACAGUGGACGGCUUCACCGACCCUUCAAACUCUGAGCGCUUCUGCCUCGGGUUGCUGUCGAACGUCAACCGCAACGCAGCGGUGGAGCUCACCAGGCGACACAUCGGUAGCGUCUCUUGCCUUGUUGCAUCCGAGGAGAGUUUGGUGGUGGAAUUUGGUGGAGAGUUAGGACCACAGGAAGCCAGACUAUCCUCCACCAGGGCCAAGGCUUUUUCAGUGAUGGCUCCGACCUGGUGGAAUGCUCUGUCACACAAGACUAGGGCCCUGCAGGACUUGAUCUCCUUCCGCAGGGCCUGUAAGACAGAGCUAUUCUGCCUGUCCUUCAGUUUGAAUUAGCCUGAUCCUCUAUUCCCUUUUCCCUUUCCUCUUCUAUGAAGAAACCCUUUCUGGGACCCCACAUUUAAAUUCUUCCCUGGUCUCCUUCUGGCCCUAAUAGGACCAACUUGGCCAGUUAGCCCUGGUGAUCAUUUGAUGUCUACUGACUAGGUUCCCCCUCCCAAAAAAAUGACCCCUGAAUUUUUGAAUUUUAUUGAUAUUGAUGCUGCAUUUUAUGUUGUAUUUUAUGCUGUUUUAAAGUCGCAUUUUAAUCAAUGUUUUAUAUUUGCUGUUAGCCGUCCUGAGCCCGUUUUUUAAACCAGGAAGGGUGGGGUAUGAAUAAAAAAAUAUUAUUAUUAUUAUUAUUAUUAUUAUUAUUAUUAUUAUUUGGCUGGGCCACCCACCCUGGGCUACCUUGGAGGCUGGCCGUGAAAAUUAAUUAUGAGCAACCAAGUGACUUAUUGGGGGGGUGGGGAAGGCAGGGAUAAAAUUUAAACACCUGAUUUCCAUGCUGGGUAACGUACUAAGUGUCUCAUCCAGCCCAGCAUUUUGUCUGUCUGCAGUGGCGGGGCAGGUGCCCCCAGGAUAGCUUCCAAGCCAUUUGAGAGAGAGAGAGAGCCAUUGCUUCCAAAUGUGUCCUUCCUUGCCUUUUGACUGCUUUUGCCCUGACUUUGCUGCCCUGUGUUUUCCUAGGGAGAGGAGUGAGGCUAUAUUACAUCGGAGGGGAGGUGUUUGCUGAGUGCCUUAGCGACAGUGCCAUUUUUGUCCAGUCUCCUAACUGCAACCAGCGCUAUGGGUGGCAUCCGGCCACUGUGUGCAAGAUCCCACCAGGUAACUCACGAGUGGCUUUCCUCCUUUGUUGCUGCGUGCCUGCCACUAUGUCUUUUGUCCCUAUGAAGGCCCCAUCCACCAGCUGCCAUGACUUUUGAAACUCUGCAAGGGAGGAAUAGAUGUGGUCUGUUUUUGGUGGAUGGGAGACAAGUGCCAACCCUUACCUGUAACCCUUGCCAGCUUUCUGAGCAGGGCUGUGUCCAUGCUACCCAAACUACAGCAUUUGGGGUGCAGCACCCAAUGCCCCAAGAACUCUCAUUUAUUGGAAGUGCUAUCCACUUCUCCAGAAAAAUUUUCAUUGACCAAGUUUCACCAGUUUUCAAGCACAGCCAAGUUCUCCGGGUCCCCCGUGGAUGGGUCAAUGGCAGCUGUCCAAACAACAUUGAUGGGGAAGUCUUCUCCAGCACAAGAGCCCACCAUGUCACCCACUCCGCUUCUGGGGAAGAAGUAUCCCUUUUUUGCGGCAAUGCAAAGAUAUUAAUUCUGCAAAUCUUCCAUUUGGGUCCAAGGCAAGGGAAAGGACUUGAGCACAGGUCCUCAAACCGAACUUAUUUUGCUCCUUAACUGGGCUUUCAUGGCAAAGUCCUUCGGAACAGCUUUCCUCAAGUUUGUGCCUUCCAGGUGUUUUGAUCACUGGGAGCUGCAGUCCCAAACAUUGGGAGGGCACCAGCUUGGGGAAGCUCCUGUACCGUCAGAUUUGUAGAAAGAACUUGACAGGAUAUAUUCUAGGGAUUGCAGUUUCCCCUUCAUUUGCCUUCUGACCUCACUAUCAGAAGGCUGUGCUUGUGUGUGUAUCUGUAGGCGUUGGCCUGAGCUUGUGCCUAGAUCAGCAACUCUGUGCCUGCCAAGACUUGGGAGUUCAUCUGGUUGGGGCGCUGAGCAAAGCGCGGCUACGCUGUCAUGUGUUUGACAGCCGACAGGAAAAGUUUUUUAUUUUCCUGCCUCCCUACGCUCCAGAGCAGCUGUGAAACUUUUUUUAAAGAGAGGGAGUUUUAGCUCGCAGCUGGGCCCGUGCAUCAAAAACUUGGACUUUGGAGGAAGGAGCUCCUCUGAACGUUGAGUGGGUGACGAAGGGAGUGAACGGUGUUUUGUGUUUGUUAGUGUGCAUUAAGAACUGACUGUGCAGCUUGCUACCGGAACUGAGCGCAGGUGCUUCCGCCAUGAUGCUGAGAGCAUCUUCUUCUCCCAGGCACCCCCAGUCUCCACUUGGCAAUGGGCGUGGGUGGAGGUUAACCUCCAUGGGGAGGGAUUUGGGUCUUAGUCUGCAGCAUCAUUUACUGCUGGGCUGGGCAGACUUCAGGCUUAGAAUGCAAAAAAAAAAAGAGCCUGCUGGAUCAGGCCAGUGGCCCAUCUGGUUCAGGAUCCUGUUCUCACAGUAGCCAACCACAUGCCCCAGAAGGAAACCCACAAGAGGACCUGAGCAUGAGAGGUCUCUCCUUCCCUCCUGGGGUUUCCAGCAGGUGGUAUUCAGAAGCAUUGCUGCCUCUUGACUGUGGAGCAUAGCCUUUGUGGCUAGUAGCCAUUGUCUUCCAGCAAUUUGCCAAAUCCCCUUUUAAAGCCAUCUGAGUGGGUGGCUUUCACUGCCUCCGGUGGGAGCAAAUUCCAUAAUUUAACUAUGUGCUGUGUGAAGAAGUCCUUUCUUUUAUCUGCCCUGAAUCUUCAAACACUCUUCCUCUCCUGUUAAAAUGGCAGGGUUGGGGGUUUUUUGGGGGGGAGGGGUGGAAGCGGGGAAGAGGAUAAGCACGUUGCAUUAUUAGUAAAUAUUACAAGGUUAUGGCUGGCAUUUUCAGGGUUAUCCCCUCCCUCCUCUUUCGAUCAGGGGGCUCAUCUUCCUGACCUUGCAAGGGGUUUGAGGCAGGUGUCUGCAGGAUGGUGCCUGCCAUUGUGUUCACUGCCCUUGCUGCCUUUCUUACAAAGUUCUGGCUUGUGGAGGAGUGUGUUGUCACAUCUCAUUCAGCAAAACAAUAAAUAAAUAAAAAAAUCAAAUCUGUCCAUGUGUCUCCACAUUUCAGCAAUUGCAUGUUGACAUUUGCCCUGGUCUUGUCUUCAACAGGUUGUAACUUGAAGAUUUUUAACAACCAGGAAUUUGCUGCCCUUCUGGCCCAGUCUGUGAACCAGGGCUUUGAAGCCGUCUACCAGCUGACGAGAAUGUGCACGAUCCGAAUGAGCUUUGUCAAGGGCUGGGGGGCCGAAUACAGGUCAGGUCCUCGUUGUUGUUGUUGUUGUUGUUGUUAAUGAAUCCAUACCCUGCCUUUCUGCAAAAGUACAUAUGGCAGCCUGCAGGAGACUGGCAACUGUACAAAACAAAAGUAAAAUCUAAAGGGGGGGGGCUUACUCUAAAAAGCAAAACAGACUAGCAAGCAAAACCAGCAGCAAGAUAACGCAAGAUCCAUUAAGACAGGCAGGCCCCGAAGUCCUGUUGUGCUGUCAAAACAAGGCAGCUCUGUAUGUGGUGCUGGGGUGGCUAGAAAAGAGGGGGGAAUUGUCCAAAUCUCACUUUUUUGUGGGGGCUGACUUGGCUUACAUGCCUUUGAGAAAGGGGAGCUGUGGGAGGGAGGGGACAUCAGUGCAGGAAAUCCUGCAAGCUUCUCCAUUGUGGAUAAGGCAAAGAUGGCUGAAUUUUCCAGGUUGGGGCCCUGGUGGUGAUGUAGUGUCAGGGCCCCUUCUGUUUUAGCUGCUCAAUCCAUCUCGCAUGGGGACUGUCUUCUCUCUCUUCUUUUUAAUCCAUUGUAUGGGGGGGGGAAGGGUAGGUAGCUAACUUGUGGCCCUCCAGGUGGUGUUAGACUACAGCUCCCAUCCUCCCUGACCACUGGCCAUGCUUGCUGAGGCUGAUGGGAACUGGAGUCCAGUGACUUCCGGAGGGCAUUGCAUCGAUCACCCCUGCUCUGCAUGUUUAGAGUUGGAGUCUUGGGGACUAGGAGAUGGAAGGAAUCUAUUCUGAGAUUGGAGAUGUUAAUAAGAGUGUAGUGCUGAUAACCCCAAGGUUGCAGGUUUGAUCCCCAUAGGGGCAUAGCUGUCAACGUUUCCCUUUUUUUAAGGGAAAUUCCCUUAUUCCGAAUAGGAUUCCUCGCAAGAAAAGGGAAAAGUUGACAGCUAUGCAUAGGGGACAACUGCGUAUUCCUGCAUUGCAGGGGAUUGGACUACAUGAUGCUCAGGGUCCCUUCCAACUGCACAAUUGUAUGAAUUAUUUCUAAGUAAGCAACUUUUGUGCACCAUACGAGAGGUGAGAGUGUUUUCAGUUAAGAACCUAAGAGCCUUGCUGGAUCAGACCAGUGGCCCAUCUAGUCCAGCAUCCUGUUCUCAAAGUGGCCAACCAGGUUCCUGUGGGAAACUCACAAGCAGGAUCCGAGCACAAGAGCCCUCUCCCCUCCUGCGGUUUCCAGCAGAGAAGACUCAGAAGCACUACUGCCUCCGACCAUGGAGGCAGAGUGUGGCCAUCGUGGCUAAUGGCUACUGCUUGUGCACCCCCUUGCUAGUAACUCUGGGGGGAAAGGUGGGGGAUUGAACACAGCCUAAUUCUUGCUUGGUUGAAGGUGCUGUGCAGACAGGAUCAAAGCCAGGAAGAUUCUUAAAGGGCAUUCUGGGUCCCUGUUCCUUGGUCUUCUUCAAGACAGGGCUCCCCAUCAAAGUCUCCUUGCAGCUGCGCCUUUGCAGGCCUCCUCCUCCUCCGCCUCCUCCUCCUUGCAAGUGACUGGAGAUGAAGCCCAGAGCCGAGGCCUCUCGGGUUACCCCCUUCAACUUCUCCAGAUGUCUGGAGUCUAUUUUGUUUUGAAACCAGCUUGCUCCCUCCCUCCCUCCCUCCCUGCUUGCCGACUGUGUUUCGUCUUGGCCGAGGGCCAGGGCUCUUAAUGAGAUCCAGAUGAGUGGGUUGCAUUGGGUGGGGAGGGACUGGCUCUCAUACGGGGAUGGUGCUCCAGUCCAGAGUGCCUUUUGCUCUUGGUGCGAUAUGGCCGCUGUCCUCCAGUGAGUUAACUUUGGCAUCGCCAGGGUUGCUGCGUCUAGUUGGGUCUCUGUCCCAGCACAAAGCUACCCCUGCUUCCCAAAUCAUUUGCCUUUGCUGUUUUUGCUCUUCAGGCUUUUGAUUUGUACAAAAGAUGUGCUUUAGGGAGCCAUGUAGCUGCACAGAACGAGCUUCCCAUUCUGUCCCCAACCCCUCUCUAAGUCAGUGGCUUGGGAAUGGGUGUGGUGAUUCUCUUUGACAAUUACAGGGUAGCCAAAAUAGGUUUUGGGUUGUGCUUGCAGAGACAAGGGAGGUGCUUCUUAACACCUGCAAAGCUUCCUGGGAGGCUUUACAGCUCUACAGGGUUCAGUCUUUGGACUCUGGCACACAAAUUGGCAUCCCGAGAAACCCCUUUCCUUUUUAUUGUGUUUUUAAGUAUAAGUUUCUAGUCCUCAAGGCUAUGGACAGGGCCUUACAUGUGUGUGGGCAGAGGGGCAGCUAAAACCUUCGUGUAGCUCUUUGUCAAGUCUGCACGGUUGGAGACCCACCCAGUGAAACAUUGCCUGCCCCCCAUGUCUCAAAUAAACCUCCUGUUUCUGUCUCCCUCCCUUAGAUUGCAGAAAGGGGGGCUGCCCAGCUGUUGAAAGACCACGCAAGUUCUGGGGGCUGUGCAGGUCUGCCUCCCCUCGCCCCUGUUGAUUAGUAGAAGCCGAACAAGGGGGUGCACACUUUAAAAUAUGCAGCUCUGGAACUGACACAAUCUGUACUGGUUGCAGAAUUCCUGGCGCAGAGCUUUGAUACCUUCUCUUGUGAUUUUUAGUGUGGGGAGCACAUAGCCCUGAUUGUCAUUCUUCCUUCUCCUCAUUUCUAGGCGGCAGACGGUUACAAGCACUCCCUGCUGGAUCGAGCUUCAUCUGAAUGGCCCCUUACAGUGGCUAGACAAAGUCCUGACCCAGAUGGGCUCCCCCAGCAUCCGCUGUUCCAGCGUGUCUUAAAGAAGCCUGGAAGCAGAAGCCUAGACUUGCAAGCGGAAUCUCCUGGCAAAGGGCAACCUAAGUCAGUCCCUCACCUGAGAAUUUACCUCUCUUUGUUUUUUAAAAAGAAAACUUACGGAUCGCGUUGAAAACGAGCAUUUAGGGUUUGCUAGUGACAUUGAGGCCCGAUGCCACGUAGUGAUGGCUCCUUCCUCUCAGUGAAAGAUUUUGCUCUGGCGCUGCUUGAACGAACAGAGGUUUUGCCGUUGCAGUGCUUCGUGGACCUGGCCCAGACAGUUGGCACUUCAGUCGUAGAGAAAUUUUGGACUAUGGUAGAAGAUGUUUUGACACACGCUGCCAGGUUUGAGUUCCAGUGAAGUGGAGCAAGACUUGCGACUUCCCUUGCAGAGGUUCUGCAGCUCACGUCGGAUGUCCGCAGAUGCCCUUGUCAGCAGUUCUCAGAAUGGGGGAGAGCAAAGAGAAGGGCCUCUUCUGUCUGUCUCUGUCCCCUGUCAUCCCACCGCCAGCCUGGCCGCUUCACUAGAGGACAUCCAGCUUGGGAAAUGGGUGGCAGAGGGACUGCUUUUACAUUCCUUUAAAAAAAGAAAAGCUUUUGCUUCUGUACCCGCAUUUUCGCCUGCCAGGCCCAUCCCUGUUAGACCAUUUGAAGGAAUGGUGAGGAAAGCGUAAGGAGAGAGUAGCAAUUCAAUGAAGCAGCAUUGCUCCAAGCUUACAGAUAUUUCACUUCUUACAGUGGCUGAAGGCCUGAUUUAUACUGUAGUUGCAAUGAUCUUAGAGGUGGUAAUAUGCACAACAUCACCACAUUCCACUUCAGUGUAUAUUUCAGUGUUCCUUCUCUGUCACAGGGAGAUCUUGUUGAUUUUCCUCCGAUUUUCCCAUUAACCUAUUUAACUCUUGGGUUGUCCUCACAAUGUGCUGCCUUGACUAACUUGUUUUGAAGGCUCUGAAAGUUCAUUAGGGGAGUCUGGGGGAAAGGGAGCUCAGCAGUUUUAACGGGCUGGCAGUCAAAGGCUCAUUUGAUAAGGGAAAAGAGGUGCUAAUAAUAAAUGGCCCAGGGCAGAUUCAGCCAAGGCUGUGGCACUGCCCAUUGGUAGCCCUGGUCCUGUAUAAAUUGAUAUGCUCCUCUGCCAAGGACAGGUAGCAUCUGCAAUUGGUAAGAAAUGUGCAUCUGACCAAGACUGCUUGACUGACAGCUUUUGCUUCUUAGAGUGGUUAAGGAGCUGUAAAUAGAUCAUACAUUCUUCCUGCCCUGUAGAAUGGCAGGUGUGUGUCUGUUCAGUGCUCUAUGUUCUGGUCAGCAUUUUGGACGAGGGCAAAAGCAGUGUGUGGUAAUCAAUAUGAACUAAUCAAGAAAUGUGAGAUUACCAGUGCCCAGCCAAGACCUAAGACCUGUUGCAGGUACAGGGGAAUGUGCAGGCGGUUAAAUCUCCCAGUUCUAGGAUGAUUUGCAAGAGGCCCAGCGCAGCACUUAAAGCACCUGUCAUUGAGCUGUUACUCUGAUGAAGGUAGUGAAAAUAUUUUUAAUGACUAAAGGCUACCUUCCUCUUGAGAACCCUAUUUGAGACACCUUGUGGCCACUGUAAGAUGACUCAAGUAGCUGCUUAAAAUGUGCUAAAUAGAUUUUCUGCCUUUGCAGCAUAGUGGAUUUCCAAAUAUCUGUAAAUGCUGGUUUGAAGAUGCCGUUUCUGUUUCACAUAUUGAAUUUGGUUGGGUAUUUGUCGAAUCUAGGAGGAGCCAAACCAUCACAAAGCUCCAUUGCUGUUAAUGGGAAUACACAAGAACCAGAUAAGCGGCCCUUUGUCAAAAUGGACAGCCCAGUCUUGGCAGUAACAGAAAUCGGGACCGUGAGGAUCAUUAUUUUUAGCCCAGCUGUGUUUGUUACUGAAAUAUAAUUGCCAGGUGCACCCUGAUUACUGGUGUUGCGCUUGCUCGAGGUGUUUUUGCUCAACAAGCCAUUACAGAAUGGAUGGGCAACUUCCUGGAUCAGGGAAAUUCCUUUCUUUUCAUCUACUGUUAUUUGCCCUGUAGACACAGAUAUAUGUGACACACAGAAAACAAAGUAGUCCCACUAAGUUCAAUGGGACUAUAGUGGAACCUUGGGUUACGUACCAUCCUCCUUACGGGUGCUUUGGGUAACGAGCUCCGCUAACCCGGAAGUAGAUGCCCCUAGUUGCGAACUUUGCCCCGGGAUGCGAGCAGAAGGCACGCGCCGGCGGUGCGGCAGCAGCAGGAGGCCCCAUUAAUGAAAGUGCAUGUCGAAAGUCUCAUGUUAAGAAUGGUUUUGGGUUAAGAAUGGACCCCCGGAACGAAUUAAGAUCGUAACCGGAGGUACCACUUUACUUCGUAGUCUGUGUCACAUAUGCUUAAAUGCCUGUAGGGUCUGGUACCUGCUAACAUAGGGACAUAGGAAGCUGCCUUAAUGCUGAGUGAGGUCAUUAGUCCAUCUUGCUCUGUGUUGUCUACACUGCUUAACUCUCCAGGGUUUCAAGCAAAGUUAUCUCCCAGCCCUUUCUGAAGAUGAUGGGGAUUGAACUACAGAGAUGUUCGACCAUGGAGCUUGGGACCCUCCCCCAUUUAUAACUGGAUGGUGUGGUCUUUGUGGAUUUGUCGUUUGUACAUACUCUGCCAUUGGGGGAAUGUUUGUUGUCCCUUUUGUAUGCAGACUCCCAUUUUAAUUCACAAACGAUUAGCAAGGGAGAGGAAACCUCAAAAUUCAGAAAUCUACCUUCUAGCAUACACACAUUCAUCUCAUCAGCUUUUCGAGGAUCCACACACACUCAGUUUCCUUCUUAGGUCUCUCUUCUCUGUAGACAAAUUGCAUAUACCCCAAGCACGUUUGAUAAGCCUUCCUGUGCCUCUUUCCUCAUGUGAAACGUGCCACAUGAACACACUCACUACCAAGGAAGGCUUCCCACUCCAUAACGCCCAGCAAAUGAUUGUGCGUGAGAGAGAUUUGUGCUGUUUCCCAUACUGGAGAUGCUCCUCUUCACAUGUCCCUCCAAGUUUCAACGUCUGAUGGAGGGAGACCCCCUUUCUUAUUUAUCAAGUCUCAUCAGAAUGCAAGACAUGCAACUGAAACCAAUGGGGGCGUGGAAUGGUUUCUGACAGAUGUGGUUAAUCUGCCUCAUAUCCAAAUGGUAGAAUUAAAAAUUACAGCAUUUCCCUCCCCCCCCCCAUUUUCUCGACAUAGGAAACUGCCUUAUACCAAGUCAGUACUGUCUGCACUGGCUGGCAGCCGCUUGCCAGGGUUUCCGGCAGGGAUGCCUCCCAGCCUUACCUGGGGGGAUGCCAGGUUGCAUCUGGGGCCUUCUGCAUGGCAGCAGAUGCUCUGCCACUGAACUGGGUUCCUUCGCCCCAAGCGUUUUACACGAUUACACGCUACACUAUAAACUUCUGCACUAUAAACUGUUGUUUUCAUAAUAGAUAUGCACGCCUCCCGAGUUAGACUAUUUAGCUUUUUAAUAAAGUGAGGUUUGUUUUGUUUUGUUUCUAGAUAUAAGGUGGAAUCCAGGCAAAUGUACUCAAGUGCACUUAACUUCCUCCGAAUUGCAUCCAUAGUACCUUGUUCCAGAGACCCCUCGUGCCUUGCCAGAUAGCAGUUAGGAAGAGGAGCUGCAAAACGGGGGACUCAGCUAUAGCUUCCCUCACCACACUCCCCUUGUGGACCUUCUCCCCCUCUCAUUGUGCCUCACUGCAGGUGAAAAGGGCUUGUGCGCAAUGGGACCAAGGAAGGAACCAGAAAUGGCUGCAAGGAGGAUGACAUCCUGUGUUUCAGCUGUGGUUAUUUUGGAGAGACUGGCAGGCAGCACCAUAGCAAGAAGAGUCCCGUUUCCCUGCCCUCCGUGCCUGCCAGGGCUUCCUUAUUCUACAGACGACACUGAUCUAUGCAUGUUUUGCAAAUCCUCUUCUGCAGGUUAAAAUGUCACCUUAGAUGCUCUGUUGCAUAGCUCCUCAAAUCCCAGGCUUGUCACUCCCAGAGCAAGAGGGUGUUGGCAAGGACAUCUCCUUCCUCGGAGGUUUUUAAACAGGUUGGAUGGGCAUCUGUCAGGGAUUCUGUAGCUGUGAUUACUGCAUUGCAGGGGGUUGGACUAGAUGACCCUUGGGGUCCCUUCCAGUUCUAUGAUUCUGUGUAAAAAGCCACCAGCCUUGCAAUCUCCUUGUUCUGGCUGGAGCCGCACAUCACUAGCGUCUUAAUUAUGUCACACAGUACUGAUUUGGUUUUGAGUGGCACAGAUGUUUAUUUUUAUACUAAACCAGCCAACAAGCCCUAAAGCUGGGUAUAUGUUACUUUGUAGAAGAGCUUUGCCCAACUUAAGUGGUAGUUUGGUCCAGAUGGUCAGAUGAAGUGCAAGGUUAUUGUUCAGUAUUGCCCACAUUAUAAACUUUUGUUUUUAGUUGCUCCCCACCCCCUUUUCCCUGUCUUGCGGUGUCCACAGGUCCACCUCAUCCACUGCAAUGAAGGGAGAUACCAUGUGCUAGGAGCAGGGCUGUGGCCACAUGGGGGGCUGCUGUGGAGAACUUCCUUCCUUCUACUAGUCUUUACUCUCUGCCCCCAUUUGUCUUAAAUAUGCUUCUUUGUUGACACUAAUUAAGAGGGAAUCAUAAAGCACUUGGGCCUUGCUUAAUGUAGCCUGUAACUUCCAUGUGCCAUGCUUAAUUUGCAAAGAGAGAGGCUCCAUCAAAUAAAACUCCGCGCAUGCUCAGAGGCACCCUCCUGUUUACAGUGAUGUCACACGCUCCUGGCAUUUCACCUUGGUUCCUGGGGCUGGGCCCUGGCUCCAAUUAAGCUCUGCCCCCCCUUCCCCCAAAUGCCAAAAGGGUGACUGUGAUUAUGUGGCUUUUAAGAAAAAUAUUUUUAACUUGUACAGGAUUUUGAUAUGUAGCACUAGUGUAUGCUAUUAGAUUUAUACGUGUACCCAUACUGGAAUCUGCUCUUUUUUAAGCUGUACUCCUCAGCCUCUGUGCAAGGAGUUUUUGGUAUCUUGUUAACUGGUUUAUUGAGUCACUAGCUGGGUCUUUGACUCUUACACAUGUGUUUCUUUAACAUGGCUGCUGGCCGGCACACCCAGGUGGCCUUGACUGAUGUGUGUGUAUUUGUGUGUGUGUGUGUGAUUGACUGAUGAAACUGUUUUUCGUUUUAAUUAACGUAUUGAAUCAAGUUGCAAUGUGUAUUAUUUUGCAUCUAGCUUACUGUAGAGAAGACUCUCUCCCCCGCCCCAGUCUGGUUGCCCUCCAGCUGCUUUUGGACUACCAACUUCCAGCACGGAGGAGGCUACCAGGUCCACGGAAGCUGCUGUAGAGUUUUAAGGCCUGUGCGAUCAAAUGUUAACUAGCAGCAAUCACUUGCAGGAGGGAUUGGAAAAUGGGUCUGCGGCUGGCAGGGCACCUCGACAAAAGGCAGUGUGUUAGAAGAUGGAGGAAUGGCCUGGAAGAGGCUGGUUUAAGCCGAGCGUUAUGAAAAGUUGGGGGGGAAACUCUUGAAUCUACCUACCUACACCUAAUGGCAGGUUUUGGUGCAAACGGGAUGAUAACUACAAAAGACUCUCUCGCUCCUGGGGCUUUAGCAGUCCUGUGUGAUAGGGAACAUACCAGUGGUAAUAUCCUAACUUAUAACUUUUCUAGGGUAGAGUGAGACAUUAUUAGCCCUCCCCCCCCUCUCUUUUUGUAGAGUAGUCCAGUUUGAGCCACAGGGUUAAAAUUGUUAAUAUAGCUUUAUAGAUUUCCAUAUUUAUGUAACUUCUUUCAGUAGUCAAGAUUGGACCAGGUAUUUAAAUUUGUCCAAAAAGGACAUUUUGGGGUUGAAGAGUUGAGAAUUUCAUUUGUGUGGGGGGAGGGGGUUGUGCUUAAAAUACAACCACCUGAUGGAGCUGGAUUUGGAAAGUAAAAAAGACCCCUAUCCAGCCCGAAAUUAAGCACUUUUACAGCCCACUGAUAGCAGUGGGAGAGUUAAGUGAAUGACUAAUCUCUCCCAAUUAUAUUAGCGGGGAACGUACUUAAUGUUUGGCUGGAUCAUGCCCACAGUAAACACCACCCCCACCCCGCCCACCAGCCCUAUUAUGUUGUGUUUGAUUAAGUGGUAUAUAAUUUUUGGUACAAGACACUGAGUGGUAUUAGGUACCCUCCGUUUUCAAUGUGCUAGAAUUGAGAACUAUUGAAAUGGACAGUGGUUGGGUCACUAUGCCACCCUGGUGCCCUCCAGAUGCUUUGCGCCACAACUCCCAUCAACCCCAUCACUCUAUGGCUAUGCUGGCUGGGGCUCAUGGGAAUUGUAGUCCCAGAUCCUCUGGAGGGCCCCACAUUGGUAAAGGCUGCUUUGUGUAUGCAUUCUCCUGCUUCGUUAGUGGUUAACACCUUCAGAUGGAUGAGCUGUUACUUGUAAUGCUUUCAAGUAUCCAGAGCCUGAAAUGGUUUGGGGGUUUUUUUAAUUACUAUUAUCAUCAGUGAAACAUAUAUGGAGUAAAUAGUAUGGUUUGCCUUUCCACCUCUGUUCCCCUGCAAUCAGUAGCUGCUCAUUUCAGGAGACUGCCGUGUUCUUCAAGCAUCUUCUGUCUUUAGAUGGAGGUAGCUCAGCAAUCAGUUCCUUGAAAAAAGUGUUUCUCUUGCAAUCUGGUCUGCAUCCAGUAUUUGCUUUUUCUCUAUUUUAUACCUGAGGAUUAUGUAUUAAUGAACCUUUGCUUGUCAUCUAUGGGUCUUUAGCUUAUUAAGCUUAUUUUUAUUAAAAGCCUGUAAUAUCCAUGUCCUCUUAUUUCUUAUAUGCAACUUGUACAGUUCUUUUUUCCCCAGGGUGUGUGUGUUCUGGUUGUUAAAUCUAUAAUGAUCGCUUCUUAAAAGGGUACUUGCAUUAAAAUAACACCUACAUCAGUUAUGGGGGCGGCACCUUUGACGAAAGCUAUCUGCAGUGAGCUGAUAGUGAACUGCAGGUUGCUUAAUAAUCCCUCAUGCAUAAUGAACACCCUGCAUGAUUCUGCAGGUAAUUCAAAUGAGAGGUUGGUCAGACAGAACCAUCCCUUCUGUUUUAUAAAAACUUAAUGGUAGCCUUAGCUGCCUUCCUCUGCCAUGGGCAUUGUGAUCCUGGGGGUGGGAGGUCCUAUUAUGCACAACAGAUCAGGGUAGUUCACCUGUGGCCCUCCAGAUGCUGCUUGAAUGAAAUUGUGACUAGCUUUUGAAAUUUCAAUAUACUGGGGCAUGACAUAUUUUUCCCAAAAGAAAGCUACGCAAAUAGUUAGGCUUACCGCAUUUGUCCAUGUAUAAGACAACUCCUAUUUUUUAAACCCAAAAUUAAGAAAUUAAGUUGUUUAGCUUUUUUGGGGGGUGGGGGAGUCACUUCCACCAAUCACUCACCCGCCACUGCUGAUCACUUGCCAC